GAGUUCCCAGCCUGGACGCCUCGGCUGGAGGAACUGCUGUCAGAAGGAAAAACAAAACUACACGGCGUCUUCGGCCUGUAGUUUUGUUUUUUUCUGUGGAGUUCCUUCGAGGCUCAGCUCUUCUCCUCUUGGAUUUUCUAACCUGUCUGGAUUCAGAGGUUGGAUCUUGUGAAAGCGGCCCUCCUUGGGCAGCUCAGGCAUCCUUGCACAGACAAGGUGCCGACCAUCAUGUCAACACAGGCGCCAACAUUCACGCAGCCGCUGCAGAGCGUCGUGGCACUAGAGGGUAGUGCCGCGACGUUCGAGGCUCAAGUUAGUGGUUCUCCAGUUCCUGAGGUGAGCUGGUUCCGUGAUGGCCAGGUUCUUACCGCUGCCGCUUUGCCCGGCGUUCAGAUCUUGUUCAGCGACGGCCGCGCUGUUCUGAGAAUCCCCACUGUGACCGCCGCACACAGCGGAAGAUUCUCCGUCAGAGCCACCAACGGUGCUGGACAAGCCACGAGCACCGCUGAACUCCUCGUUACAGCGGAGACGGCACCUCCAAACUUCCUUCAGAGGCUGCAGAGCUCCUCAGUGAGACAGGGCAGCCAGGUGAAGCUGGACGUCCGAGUCGCCGGUAUCCCCACUCCUGUGGUGAAGUUCUACAGGGAGGGAGCCGAGAUCCAGAGCUCGGCCGACUUCAGGAUCCUCCAGGACGGAGACCUGUACAGUCUGCUGAUCGCUGAGGCCUUCCCAGAGGAUUCUGGGACGUAUUCUGUGACUGCCACCAACAGCAGCGGACGGGCCACCUCCACCGCAGAACUGCUGGUUCAGGGUGAGGAAGUUGUACCGACUAAGAAAACCAAGAUUAUCGUGUCCACAUCCCAAAUGGCGACUUCCCAGACCAGAGUGCAGAGGAAGGUGGAGGCCAGUUUCCAGGCCUCCGCCAUGAUGGAGAUGCACGUCGAAGGAGGAAUGAUGACUCAGCAUUUGGCUCACAAAACCCCUCCGCGGGUUCCCCCGAAGCCAACCUCCAAGUCACCACAGUCCUUUGUUUCCAAGGUGACGGGAGGACGCCAGCAGUCGCCUUCACCUGUCAGACACGUGAAAGGGCCGACGCCCACACCUGUCAGACCCGUCUCUCCCUCCGCCCGACUUUCCGUCUCCCCCAUCAGACCCGUCAGGUCUCCCAUCAUGACCAGGAAACAGAUAUCUGCCGGUGCUGAGGUCUUGCCACCCUGGAAACGGGGAGACUUUGUGGCCGAGGCUGCCUACACCGGUCUGACCAGUAUGAGCAGCGUCAGCAGCAGCACCCAGCUGCAUAUGGAGAAGCACUGGGAGCAGCAGGUCGCCGCCACCAGAGAGGAGGCGGUUGCAGUGCCCACAAGAGCCCAGGAGCCUGUUGUCCCACCCACGCUGGUCGCUGGCCUCAACAACGUGACAGUGACGGAGGGCGAGCCGGUGACCCUGCAGUGCCACAUCAGCGGUCAACCUGCUCCAGCCAUCAUGUGGUUCAGAGAGGACUACAAGAUUGAGAGCUCCAUUGAUUUCCAGAUCAGCUAUGAGAACGGAUUCGCCCGGCUGAUGAUCCGCGAGGCGUUCGCUGAAGACAGCGGCCGCUUCACCUGCACCGCCACCAGUGAAGCGGGAACCGUCAGCACCUCCUGCUACCUGCUCGUCAAAGUGUCAGAAGACAUUGAGAGCAGAGAGGAGACGGCUGUCACUGAAAUUGGAAUCACACAAGAGAAAACUGUUGCCGUGGAGACAAAGGAACAGGUGGUGGCAGAGGUGACUACAGGAGAGUCCGCUGCUCCCUUCUUCAUCAAGAAACCCACCGUUCAGAAGCUGGUGGAGGGAGGAAGCGUCUUCUUCGAAUGCCAGGUCGGAGGAAACCCCAGACCUCACAUCAUCUGGAAGAAGAGUGGCGUGCCACUUACCACGGGAUACAGAUACAAAGUCGCCUACAAGAAGGAGACUGGAGAAUGCAGAUUGGAGAUCUCCAUGACCUUUGCUGAUGAUGCUGGAGAAUACUCCAUCUUUGUCAAAAAUCCUCAUGGGGAAGCCUCAGCCUCUGCUGGCUUGCUGGAGGAAGAGGAAUAUGAAGCCUACACGAAGCAGCUUGACGUGACGUUUAAAAGUCAUGUGACGACGACAGUGGUUCAGGAGCCAUCUGUGGUCGUGAGUCAAUACGAGCUGGAACAGAGGAGGAUGACGACCCCCAUGAGCUUCAUCUCAGAAACAGAAUUCCUUGUUUCAGCCUUUGAAGAGAGGAUCAUCCAUGAGAUUGAGCUCCGUAUCAUGAGGAUUACCUACAGAGAGCUGGUGACAGAGGAUGGAGAGGUCGAGGUGACUUCAGCAGAAGAGGAAGCAAUGCAGCCGGCCUUUGACACUCCGGUCAAACACUACAGGAUCGUGGAUGGAAUGGGUGUCACUUUCCAUUGCAGGAUGGCUGGAGAGCCUCUGCCAAAGAUUGCUUGGUACAAAGACGGUCAGCGCAUCAGACCUGGUGGCCGUUACCAGAUGGAGGUUCUUCAGGAUGGACGAGCCAGCCUCCGCCUGCCUGUGGUGCUACCAGAGGAUGAGGGCGUGUACACCGCCUUCGCCACCAACAUGAAGGGAAAUGCCGUCAGCUCUGGGAAGCUGUAUGUGGAGCCGUCCGGAGCUGUAACACCUCAGAGAUUCACACCACAGCCAGCAAUGCAGAGGAUCAGGUCCACCUCUCCUCGUUCUCUGAGCCGCUCACCCGGACGUUCCUCCAGCCGUUCUCCCGGACGUUCUCCUGCCCGCAGGCUUGAUGAGACCGAUGAGGCUCAGCUGGAAAGACUCUACAAACCUGUGUUUGUCAUUAAACCUUCCUCAAUAAAGUGCUCCGAGGGGCAAACUGCCAGAUUUGACUUGAAGGUUGUUGGCAGACCCAUGCCCGACACAUACUGGUUCCACAAUGGACAACAAGUUGUCAAUGACUACACCCACAAGAUAGUGAUUAAAGAGGACGGUAUUCAGUCCCUGAUCAUUGUCCCAGCCAUGCCACAAGACUCUGGAGAGUGGACAGUCGUCGCUCAGAACAGAGCUGGACGGACUUCUGUGUCUGUAAAUCUUACUGUUGACGCACAAGAAAGCCUAGCUCGGCCUCAGUUUGUUGAAAAGCUGAAGAACAUCACAGUAAAGCAGGGCACUCUGGUUGAACUGGCUGUCAGAGCCAUUGGAAAUCCCCUGCCUGAUAUUGUCUGGCUGAAAAACAGUGACAUUAUUUCACCACGCAAGCACCCACAUAUCAAGAUCGACGGUACUAAAGGAGAGGCCAAAUUCCAGAUCCCAUCUGCAUCAGGCUCGGACAGUGCCUGGUACACAGCUACAGCCAUUAACAAGGCUGGCAGAGACACCACUCGCUGCAGAGUCAACGUGGAGGUUGGCUUCACUGCCCCUCAAGCUGAGAGGAAGCUCAUUAUUACCAAAGGAACAUACAAGGCCAAGGAGAUCGCAGCUCCAGAGUUGGAGCCCCUUCAUCUGCGAUAUGGUCAAGAGCAGUGGGAGGAGGGAGACCUUUAUGACAAAGAGAAGCAGCAGAAACCAAUGUUCAAGAAGAAGCUGACCUCUAUCAGAAUGAAGCGUUUCGGUCCUGCUCACUUUGAGUGCAGACUGACCCCUAUUGGUGACCCCACCAUGGUUGUGGAGUGGCUACAUGAUGGCAAACCCCUGGAAGCCGCUAACAGGUUGCGUAUGGUCAAUGAAUUUGGUUACUGCAGCCUUGACUAUGAAGCUGCGUAUGCUAGAGACAGUGGUGUUAUCACCUGCAGAGCCACAAACAAGUUUGGUGUCGACCAAACAUCAGCAACUCUGAUCGUCAAGGAUGAGAAGGGUCUUGUUGAGGAAACACAACUUCCUGAAGGCAGGAAGGGAGCGCACAGAAUUGAUGAGAUAGAACGCCUGGCUCAUGAGAGAGGCCCUACAGGAGUCAGUGCUGAUGAAGAUUCUGAGAAGUCCAAACCUGAAAUUGUCCUUCUUCCCGAACCAGCCAGAGUGCUGGAAGGCGACAUUGCACGAUUCCGCUGCAGAGUGACCGGUUAUCCAGCACCUAAGGUUAACUGGUACCUUAACGGACAACUUAUCCGCAAAAGCAAGAGAUACAGACUUCGGUAUGAUGGUAUUUACUAUUUAGAGAUUGUUGACAUCAAGUCCUACGACUCAGGAGAGGUGAGAGUGGUUGCAGACAAUCCUUUGGGCACAACUGAGCACACUGUGAAGCUGGAGAUCCAACAGAAAGAGGACUUUAGAUCUGUCCUGCGCCGUGCUCCAGAACAGAAGACUGCAGAGGCUUCACAUGAGCCUGGCAGAAUCGGAUUUGAUGUUGUGAAGGUUGACCAACCUGGCGAUGCUGCACAGGACAGGGAAGUUGUUAAGCUUCGUAAGACACAGAGAGUUGUUCACGAAAAAACAUCGGAGGAAUCUGAAGAGCUGAAGGGCAAAUUCAAGCGUAGGACAGAGGAAGGUUUCUAUGAGUCAAUCUCCGCUGUGGAGCUCAAGUCUCGCAAGAAGGAUGAGUCUUAUGAGGAUCUACUAAAGAAAACGAAGGAGGAGCUGCUUCAUCGCAUGAGAGAAAAAGAGGAGGCUGAGAGGAAGAGAAUGGAAGAACAGGGCAGUGUCACAAUCCCCACAAUCAAACCAGAGAGGGUCCAACUAUCCCCUAGCAUGGAAGCACCUAGGAUCCUGGAACGCAUUGCCAGCAAGACCGUUGCGCCAAUGGAUGAGGUUCGUUUCCGAUUGAGAGUCGUUGGCAGACCAGAACCUGAGUGCCAGUGGUUCAAGAACGGCAUUCUGCUGGAAGAGUCGGACCGUAUUUACUGGUACUGGCCUGAGGACCAUGUGUGUGAACUGGUGAUCAGAGAUGUCACAGUCGAGGAUUCUGCUAGCAUCAUGGUUAAAGCCAUGAAUGUUGCUGGGGAGUCUUCGAGCCAUGCCUUUCUUCUUGUGCAAGCCAAGUUGGCAAUUAACUUUACCCAAAACCUGACGGACACUAGUGCCAACGAGAAGGACACAAUGGUGACCUUUGAGUGUGAAACUAAUGAACCUUUCGUCAAAGUCAAGUGGCUCAAGAACAACAUGGAGAUCUUUUCGGGAGACAAAUACAGAAUGCACUCAGACAGAAAGGUCCACUUCCUGUCUGUGCUAAUGAUUGAAAUGAGGGAUGAUGCUGAAUACACUUGUUUGACUGUAGACGAUGAGAACGUCAGGACAAGUGCAAGGCUCAAUGUAGAAGGCGCUGCCCUGGAGCUCAUCAAACACUUGGAGAACAUUGAGGUACCAGAGACCUACGCUGGAGAGUUUGAGGUUGAGCUGUCUCGUGAGGACGCUGAGGGAAACUGGUUCUUCAAAGACAAGGAGCUCUCUCCUAGCAGUAAAUACGUAAUGUCCUCCCGCCGAGGAAGACACACCCUGUCUGUCAAGGAUGUCAGGAAAGACGACCAGGGCAAAUACACCUUUGUAUGUGGCGAUCUGAGGACCAGUGCCUCGCUGAAGAUGAAAUUGCGCCCAGUAACCCUGAUGCAGCCACUGACUGACCUCACAAUCUGUGAGGGUGACAUCGCUCAGCUGGAGGUGAGGUUCUCCCAGGAGAACGUCGAGGGAACCUGGAUGAAGAAUGGCCAGGCCAUUUCCGCCUCAGACCGCAUCCACAUUGUAAUCGACAAACUGGUUCACAAGCUGCUGGUAGAGAACGUCAGCAGAGAAGAUGCUGCUUCCUACUCUUUCGUGGUUCCGGUCCAGGAUAUCUCCACCUCAGGCAAACUCAAUGUCCAAUCUAUUGACAUUUUAGUCCCUCUGAAGGAUGUGUCCUCCGUUGAGGGCACCAAAGCUGUUCUGGAGGCCAAGAUCUCUGCUCAGGACAUAUGCUCAGUCAAAUGGUACCACAACGACAAACUGCUGACGCCCAGUUACCGAAUCCAGACGGUGGCAAAGGGAUCCAAGCAGCGCCUGGUCUUCACCAGGACCUACGCCUCUGAUGAAGGAGACUACAAACUGGUAGUCGGCAAGGUCGACACCAGCUGUAACCUGACUGUCGAACAGGUUCACAUUGUGAGGGACAUGGAGGACAAAGUGUGCUCCGAGUCACAGAAUGUCACCUUCAACGUUGAAGUGUCUCACCCUGGAAUCGACCCGGUCUGGAUGUUCAAGAACCAGCAGCUCAAACCUGGACCCAAACACAAGAUGGAGUCCAAGGACAAGGCUCACUCUUUGACUGUCAUCGACACCAUGAAGGACGAGGAGGGCCAGUACACGUUCCAUGCUGGUGAAAAGACAUCGAGUGCCAAGCUCUCUGUCUCUGGUGGCGCCAUCACACGCCCCCUGCUGGAUGUGACGGUGGCAGAGUCUCAGUCAGCUGAGCUGGAGUGUGAAGUAGCCAACGCAAACGCUGAGGGAAAGUGGCUGAAGGAGGGUCAGCCCGUGGACUUCAAUGAGAACGUGGUGAGCGAGGUGAACAGAGCCGUCAGGCGCCUUGUCAUCGCCAUCACCAGACCGCAAGACGUCGGAGAGUACACCUACCAGGUGGCCAACUCCAAAACCACCGCCAACCUCAGGGUGGAGGCAGUGAAAAUCAAGAAAACUCUCAGAAACCAGACGGUGACGGAAACCCAGGAGGCGGCGUUCACGCUGGAACUCACCCACCCCGACGUCAAAGGGUCCCAGUGGAUCAAGAACGGUGUGGAGCUGCAGAGCAGUGAAAAGUACGAGAUCACUUCGGACGGCAUGGUCCAGACCCUGAGGGUGAAGAACUGCAACACGCAGGAUGAGUCCGUUUAUUCCUUCAAAUUGGGAAAACUGUCUGCCAACGCCAGGCUCAACGUGGAGACGAUCAAGAUUGUGAAGAAGAUAAAGGACGUGACAUCACUGUUGGACGGCACCGCCUCCUUUGAGAUGAGCCUGUCACAUGACAACAUCCCCGUCAGGUGGAUGUUUAAAGGUGCAGAGCUGAAGUCGAGCGACAAGUGUAAGAUUCUGUCGGAGAGGAAAGCUCACAAGCUCGUCCUGCAGAACGUGGACAGCAGCGCCGCAGGGGAUUACACCGCAAUGGUUGGACACCUGCAGAGCAGCGCCACACUCACUGUGGAGGCUCUGCGAGUCACCAAACCCCUGAAGAGCGUGAAGGUCCCGGAGACGCAGGUGGCCACGUUCGAGUGUGAAGUCUCUCACUUCAACGUACCGUCCACGUGGCUGAAGGACGGCGUGGAGAUCGAGAUGAGCGACAAGUUCAGGAUCGUGGUUCAAGGAAAACUCCACCAGCUGAAGAUCAUGAACACCAGCAGGGACGACUCUGCAGAGUACACCUUCGUCUGCGGGAACGACCGAGUGUCCGCCACGCUCACCGUCAGCCCCGUCAUGGUCACCUCCAUGCUGAAGGACCUGAACGCUCAGGAGAGAGACACCAUCACCUUCGAGGUCACCGUCAACUACGAGGGCAUCACCUACAAAUGGCUGAAGAACGGCGUGGAGGUCAAGUCGUCAGACAGAUGUCAGGUCCGCAGCCGCCAGCUCACGCACUCGCUCACCAUCCGAAAUGUUCACUUUGGAGAUGGAGGAGAGUACCAGUUUGUCGCCGGCUCCGCUGCCUCCGUGGCAAACCUGUUUGUCGAAGCUCGUGUGAUUGAAUUCACCAAGAAGAUCAAGGACAUAAAGAUCACAGAGAAGAAGAAGGCGAUUUUUGAAUGUGAGGUUUCUGAGCCAAAUAUCCAGGUGAUGUGGAUGAAGGACGGUCAGGAGCUGGACGUGUCUGAAGAACGGUACAUCGUGACAGCAGAGAAGUACGUUCACCGACUAAUGAUCCAGACGGUUCGAAUGUCAGAUUCCGGAGACUAUUCAGUGGUGGCCGGGUCAAGCGUGUCCAAAGCCCAGCUGACCGUGGAGGGUCGUGACAUCCGCAUCUCCGAACCUCCUGAACGGGAAAUUACGGUUCUGGAGAAACAACGAUCGACCUUCGAGUUCGAGGUGAACGAGGACGACGUGGAGGGUCGCUGGCUGAGGAACGGCGUAGAAAUCCAGAUCUCGGUGGAGGAAAGGUUCAACUAUGUGGCCAUCAGGAAGCUGCACCGCCUCACCAUCUCCGAGACCUACAGGAGCGACGCUGGCGAGUACACCUUUGUCGCUGGCAAAAACAGGAGCACCAUGCACCUGCGGGUCAACAUCCCAGAGCCUCCUCAGAUCCUCCGCCACAUGGAGCCCCAGUCGGUGGAGGCCGGUAAGCCGGCUCGCUUCUCAGUGCAGGUGAGCGGUGUCCCUCAGCCUCAAGUCUUCUGGUACAAAAACUCUCAGGCUCUGUCUCCGGGCUUCAAGUGCAAGUUCCUCCACGACGGUAAUGAGCACACGCUGCUGCUGAUCGAAGUUUUCCCCGAAGACGCCGCUGUCUACAAUUGCGAGGCCAAGAAUGACUAUGGCACCGCCACGAGCACCGCGGCACUCAACGUUGAAGUGUCGGAGGUGGUUUCUCCGGACUCAGCUGCUCCCGUUGCUCCUCCUGUCGUCAUCUCGCCCAUCGCUAGUACAUCGGCCCACGAGGGAGAACCGGCUCGCUUUCAGUGCAGAGUCCGAGGAGACGAUGUGAAGAUCAGCUGGUUCCACAGGGUGAAGGAGAUCAAGCAGUCUGACUUCUUCAGGAUGUCUCAGUUUGAUGACAGCUGUCAGCUGGAGAUCUCCAGGGUGUACCCGGAGGACGAGGGCGAGUACAGCUGCAUGGCCACGAACGGCGCUGGCACCGCGUCCUGCUCCGCCACGCUCACAUUGGACGUGACUCACGUCAGAGACCAGAUCGAAGCCAAGAUCGAGGAAGAAGUCAAAGUGCCACCUGUCUUUAGGCAGAAAAUCACACCCCUGGAGAUAAAUGUUGGUGACCACGCCAAGCUCGAAUGUGAGAUUGAGGAGGCUCCAAGUGUGACCUUCAAAUGGUACAAGUCUGGAGUUGAGAUCAGACAGAGCGACAAGUAUCGGAUCCUCAGCACCCACAGCAGUUCCUCUCUGGAGCUCCUGAACCCAGUCAAAGCCGACAGCGGUGAAUUCACCUGCAAGGCUUCAAACCAGCAAGGCACCGACAGCUGCACCACCUCGCUCAUCGUCACCGAACCACCUGAGUUUGUGCUGAAACUCCCUGCCACUAAGUUUGUGAAGCAGGGCGAGUCACUCCGCCUGGAGUGCAAAGUCAGUGGCACAGCUCCUCUGAAAGUGACCUGGUACAAACACGACACCAAGGUCACAGACGGGGGCAACUACAGGACGUCAUUUGUUGACUUGGUAGCAGUCCUGGAACUGCUCUCCACCAGCUUUGAUGAUGAUGGAGUUUACACCUGUGAAGCUCAGAAUGAUGCUGGCAGCAUCAGCUGCAGCAGCACACUAACCGUUAAAGACGCUCCAUCUUUUGUCAAAGUCCCUCAGCCUGUCGAAGGGCUGAAGGGUAAGGACGUGAGUCUGUACUGCGAGAUGAGCGGUACAGCUCCAUUCCAGAUCACCUGGUUCAAAGACAGGAAACCUCUGAUGGAGAGCAGGAAAUAUAAGAUGGUGAGCGAGGGCAGCUCGUCUACGCUGCAUGUCAUUGGGAUAGAGCCGUCAGACGUUGGCGAAUACGAGUGCAAAGUGUCAAACAGUGUAGGAAAAGACACCUGCCAGACGUCAGUUAAACUCAGAGAACCUCCGUCGUUUGGGAAGAAACUGUCAAACAUGACAGUGAUACUGGGAGAGGAGGUGACCCUUGUUGCCACUGUUAAAGGCUCUGAACCCAUUACUGUGUCCUGGGUUCAAGACAAGGAUCACAUUCUCAGAGAUGGUGACAACAGGAAAAUCACCUUUGAGAACAACCAGGUCGCUCUUAAGGUCUUUAAGGCCGAUGCAACCACGGCAGGCAAAUACACCUGCCAACUCAGAAACGAUGCUGGGAGUGUGGAGUGUUUCGCUAACUUGACCGUUCUAGAACCUGCUAAGAUAGUGGAUAAGCCUGAUUCUCUGAGUGUGACGGCAGGCGAUAUCGCCGCCCUCGAGGUCAAAGUGUGUGGAACCCCAGAGCUCAUUCCAAAGUGGUUCAAGGACGGUGUGGAGCUGGCCCCUGGGAGCAAAUACAAAAUCUCAUUUUCUCGCAUGAUUUCCAGCCUCAACGUUCUUUCUGCAGAAAAAGUGGACUCUGGAGAAUAUACGUUUGAGGUUAUGAACGAGGUCGGGAAGGACCUGAGCAAAAUUAAUCUCACAGUUUUAGAUAAAACCAUUCCUCCGGCCUUCUCCAGGAAGUUGAGGGACUGUAACACAGUGGUUGGAGAAGCUGGAGAGAUGGAGUGCAAAGUGUCGGGCUCUCCUCCUUUCACCAUCUCAUGGUCCCACGAUGGGGAGGAGAUACAGAGCGGCCCGAACUAUGAGAUUUCAUUCAGUGAGAACAGCUGCAUGAUCAAAGUGCCCACUUUGAAGCUGUCGGACUCUGGACUAUAUAAGUGUAAAGCUGUCAACAAGGCAGGAUCCUGUGAAACCUCCGCGUCCUGGGUUGUCAAAGAACCUCCAUCCUUCGUGGUGCCACCGCAGCCGGUGGAGGCCAUGCCAGGCUCCAACGUGACUUUCUCAGCCAUGGUGAAAGGCAGCGCGCCGCUAAAGCUGAAGUGGUUCAGAGGAGCGAAGGAGAUGGAGGCUGGACGGGACUGUGACUUCUCCCUGAAGGACAACCAGGUCGUUCUGGAGCUCGUCAACGUGGACAGGUCUGUCGCCGGAGAGUACACGUGUCAGAUCAUCAACGACGCAGGAAAUGAAAGCUGUCCGGUUAACCUCACUGUCAAAGAGCCAGCAGCCUUCUCCAAGAAGCUGAAGGACGUUUCGGUUGAGAAGGGAAAACCGUUGACUCUGGAGUGUACGUACACUGGAACCCCGAAGAUCACAGUGAGCUGGUACAAAGACGGACAGCAGAUCUUUGCUUCGUACAAAUACAACAUCACCACGACCGAGAGCUCCUGCAUCCUGGAGUGUCUCAGCACAGACGACAAGGAGGCCGCAGGAAAAUACAGCUGCCGAGUGUCCAACGACGCCGGAGAGGACGCGUGUGAGGCGACCGUGUCCAUCCUGGAGCCACCGUAUUUCGCAGAGUCUCUGGAGCCCAUGGAGGUGACUGCCGGAGACGCCGUGUGUCUCAAGUGUCAGGUGGCGGGAACGCCCGAAAUCAAAGUGUCCUGGUUCAAGGCAGACGGCAAAGUACGCUCCAGCCCCACCUGUAGGCUGGAGUACUCCAAGGGCGUCGCCUGUCUGAAGCUCAGCAAAGCCACCAAGUCCGAUGUGGGAGAGUACACCUGCAAGGCGGAGAACCGGAUCGGUUCCACCUCCUCCACCUGCAGACUCAAUGUGCAAGAGGCCAAAACUCCGCCGACCUUCCCCAAGAAAAUCACCAGCCUGCAGCAGACGGAGGGCGAGUCCGUCAGGUUCGAGUGCCGCGUCGCCGGCUCGUCACCCAUCGAGGUGUCGUGGCUGAAAGACGGCGAGCCUCUGAGGCAGGGAGACGAGUUCUCCAUGCUGUACGACGACAACACGGCCGUGCUGCAGAUCAGCCGUGGCGAGAUGAGGCACUCUGGGGAGUACGCCUGCGUGGCCACCAACAGCGUGGGCUCGGCCUCCUGCAGAGCCAAGCUCACCCUGCAAGAACCAAGAUACCCUCCGGUCUUUGACAGGAAGUUGUCACCACAGGAAGUGACGGUGGGUGACAGCAUUGAGCUUGAGUGUCACAUGACCGGCUCUGCCCCCAUCAAAGUCACAUGGUCCAAAGACCACAAAGACAUUCGCUCUGGGGGGAAUUAUAAGAUGAGCUGCGUGGAGAACACGCCGCACCUGACCAUCGUGAAGGCGGACAGAGCCGACACGGGCCGCUACUUCUGCCAUGCCUCUAAUGACAUGGGGAAAGACUCUUGUUCCUCUGACAUCACUGUCAAAGAGCGUAAAAACCCUCCGGUGUUCACCAAGAAGCCAUCGGAGCACGUCGAGGACACGGAGGGAAAACUGGUGAAGAUGGAGGGCCGAGUGUCGGGCUCGCAGCCCAUGUCCAUCGGCUGGUUCAAAGACAACACAGAGAUCCACAGCUCGGACAAAUACGACAUCAGUUUUAAAAGUAAUGUGGCCGUUCUGUGCAUCAAGAGCAGCCAGGUGAGCGACAGCGGCAGCUACACCUGCCAGGCCUCCAAUGAGGCGGGAAGUGUCUCGUGUGACGUCACCGUUGGCAUCUCAGAGGCCAAGAAGCCUCCCGUGUUCGACGUCCCGCUCAAACCAGCGACUGUGGAUGAGGGUGAGAAGCUGAGCCUCAGGUGCCACGUCUGCGGGUCUCCUCCUCUCAAGAUCCAGUGGAUGAAAGACAGGAAGGACCUGACGUCGGCCGGGAGCACCAGGAUCAGCUUCUCCGACGGGACGGGCUGCCUGGAGAUCAGCCCGGCCUCCAGACACGACGCAGGCGAUUACCUGUGCAAGGCCUCCAACGACGCAGGCAGCGAGUUCUGCAAAGCCAAAGUCACAGUGAAAGAGAAACCAGGAGCAGCUCCGCUUCCUGCUGAAGCUCCAUCUGCUGCUUCGCCCAAAAAACUGGACAACCUGUUCUUCAUCGAGGAGCCGAAGACCGCACACGUCAUUGAGAAAGGCACCGCAACCUUUAUCGCCAAGAUGGGCGGAGACCCCAUCCCCAGUGUGAAGUGGAUGAAGGGGAAGUGGAGGCAGGUCACUCAUGGCGGCAGGAUUUCCAUCGAGCAGAAGGGCCAGGAGGCCAAACUGGAGAUCAAAGAGGUGACCAAGUCGGACUCGGGUCAGUACAGGUGCGUCGCCUCCAACAAGCACGGAGAGAUCGAGUGCAGCGCCGACAUGCAUGUGGACGAGAAGAAAGAGGCGACGCUCCUCGAGGGAGACCUCCGGGCCAAACUGAAGAAGACGCCGUCAAAGCAGAAGAGUCCACAGGAGGAGAAGGACAUCGACAUUGUUGAGCUGUUGAGGAACGUGGACCCCAAAGAGUACGAGAAAUACGCCCGAAUGUACGGCAUCACAGACUACCGUGGCCUGCUGCAGGCCAUCGAGCAGCUGAAGAAGGAGAAGGCUGAAGAAAGUGGAAGACCGGAACUGGAACGUGGAGACAGAGAGUCAGAUGAGGACAUGGCCCGACUGGUGGCCGACCUGCAGAAGAGGAUGGAGCGCACAGAGCCCGUCACCGUGGUGAAGGACAUCUCUGAUCAGUCCGUCCUCACCAACAAGGAGGCAGUGUUCGAGUGCAAGAUCAAGAUCAACUACCCAGAGAUCACCCUGUCCUGGUACAAAGGCACACAGAAACUGGACACUGGUGACAAGUACGACAUCAGCAUCAGUGGCGACCGCCACCUGCUGAAGAUCAAGAAGUGCCAAUCGUCCGACCAGGGCAACUACCGGGUGGUCUGUGGGCCACACAUCUCCAGCGCCAAGCUCACCGUCAUGGAGGUGGAAGUCGAGAAGCAUCUGCAGGACACAUCGGGUAAGGAAGGGCAGUCGUGUACCCUGUCUUGUCAGUUGUCCAUCCCUAACGUAGAGGCUCAGUGGUUUAAAAACGGCAAGCGGUUAGAGAUGAAGGGCAGGUACACGUCUGAGGUGAAGCACAAGGUUCAGAAGCUUCUGAUCAGAGACCUGAAGCAUGACGACCAGGGUCGAUACACCUGCAGGUACCAGCACCUGGAGUCGUCGGCCGACCUCUGGGUGGAAGCUGAACAAAUUCAUUUCACCAAACGCAUCCACAACGUCGAAGUCAACGAGCGCCAGUCGGCCACCUUUGAGUGUGAGGUGUCCUUUGACAACGCUAUCGUUUCAUGGUACAAAGACACCUGGGAACUGAAAGAGAGCCCGAAGUACAACUUCACAAGCGAGGGCCGAAGACAUUUCAUGGUCAUCCGAAAUGUGGCCAUUGAAGACGAAGGCGUGUACUCAGUGAUUGUGAGGUUGGAGCCCAGAGGAGAGGCUAAGAGCACAGCUGAGCUUUAUUUGUCUGGCAAAGAAAUUGAAUUAGCAAUGGUGCCCAUCGACGUCCCAGACACCUCAGUUCAGAGGCCUGACGUCCCCACGUCAGUGGCAAUUCAAGAAUCUGCUGAGUUCUAUCAUUAUGAAGAAGAGCUUGAACAUAGAGAAUUAGCUGAGUAUUCAUAUCAGGAGAUGGAGGUGGAGCAGAGAGUCGAGUAUCAGAACUGGACAGAGGAGAUGGUAACGCAACAGGUGUCCACAACCAAAGCUGCCAGAGUUCCCGUUGAGGAAACAGUGGAGACUCAGAAGAUUGGAAUGAGAGAGGAAAUCCCAAUAAAAGUUCCCAAAGCUGAAGACAAAAAGCCUCAAGAGAACCUGAAGCCGUCACCACCUGAAGUACUGGAGGUCAAAAAGCCAGUGGAGGAAAAGAUUCCUGUGGUUUCAGUCCCAGAGAAGAAGGAAAUUCCUGCUCCCAAAGAACCAGAGGAGGUUAAGAAGCCAACUGCUGCUCCCUCACUGCCUGCAGAAAAGCCUGGCGUGCCAAAGAAAGAUGAGCCCAGGCCUCGGGUUCCAGCAGAGCCCAAAAAGGUGGCACCUGCAGCUAAGCCUGAACCUGAACCUAAGCCCAAACCGAAAGCAGAACCUGAACCAAAGCCUAAACCCACACUGGCUCCCAAAGCAGAAUCUGAAGCCAAACCUGUGAAGAUUGAGCUGGAGCCUGAAGCUAAGCCGGCACCAGUAAAGAAGCCGACGCCACCUUCCAAAGUCCCCAAAGAAGCUGCAAAACCAGAGUUGGCAAAGGUCAAGCCUGAGCUGGUAGUGAUCAAACCAGAACCAGAAGCCCGAAAACCAAAACCAGAACCAGAAAAACUGAAACCAGAGGUCCUUAAACCUGAGCCUCCUGUAACAAAGCCAGAACCUCCGGUCCAAAAAGCAGAACCUGUGGCGAUUCCCAAACCUGAGCUGCCAGUGGAAAAAGUUGCGACUGAAGUGAGAGUGUCAAAACCAGAACCUCCAAAGACCAAACCAGAGCCGCCGGCCGCUCUCAAGGAACCUCAGAAGACAGUACCAGAAACACCUGCAAAGAAAGAGGCAGCUACACCUCCUCCACCUACAGUCCCACCGAAGGAGGAAGCACCAAAGAAGAAGCCUGUGGCUGCUAAAGUUCCCGUGGAGGAAAAAGUAUCCGAGCCUGCGAAAGCAGCCAAGAAACCAGCAGCUGCUGUUGUACCACCCAAAGACGAACCUGCCAAGAAAGAGAAAGUUCCUGUGAAGGAGAAGGAGUCGCCACCACAAGUCAAAGAGCCGCUGGUAAAACCAGCUGCUCCUCAACAAGAGAGCAAACUGACAACAGCUGUAGAAGUUCAAGAAGCCAAACUUCCAGAAGUCACUGAUAAAAUGAAGAAGUCGGAGAAGGGAAUUACUCCACAAGAAGAAACUAAGCCAGUGAUCAGGCAACAACGUGUGGUGAAGGCGGCCGAAGCAACCGAAACAGAAGAGAAACCAGUGGUGGUAGAAACGACAGCUCCUCAGACAGAUGAAACCAAGGGACCAGUACAAGCACCGGGAGGAGUCAAGAAAGAAACAGUUCUGCUCAAAAAAGGUCAAAUUCAAUUGGAAGAGGAGGCAACGUUUGCAAUUCCCACCUUGAAGAAAACAACCAGAGUCAUGAAAGAAGUGGAGGAAGUACAGGAAAUUAUCAAGCUGAAGAAGGUUCCAGAAGUACCUCCUAAAGAGGCUGAAGAGGAGGAAAAACCUCAGAAGAUCACCAAGACCACUGUGGUCGAUGUUGAGGAGAUGGUUCAAAGAGAAGAGACUUUUGAGAUGUCCGUUGCCACCAGGACACCUAUGGAGGGGAGGAAACCUAGCGACAUAGCAGAUGUGGUAAAAAAGCCUGAAGUUACUAAACCUAAAGAAAAAGAACAAGCAGAAGCUCCUAAAGAUGCAUGGACCCGCAAGAAACCUGCCCCAAAAGAUGAUAAACCAGAAGAUAAGGUUUCUGUAAAGAAAACUCCCAAGGCGCCAAACGAAGAGGAAGCUGCCCCACCUAGUGCAGCCUUGAAGAAAGUAAAGAAAUUGCCUUCAGAUGAAGUGGAACCAGAAGCAGUCAAACUGAAACCAUUUGUGAAGCCUGUAAAACCAGUGGGGGAGCCAGAGAAAGACAAAAAAGAAAGACCAGACAGGGACACUGAGCCUCUCCAGAAAGGAGAGAGGAUCCCCAGAGAGGUGGACACCAAAGAACUUCCCAAAAAACCUGAGAAAGCAGCUCCAGAGGUGAAGGAGCCACCAGCCAAGGUUUCAAAGCCAUUAGACAAAAAGAAAACUCCAGAGAAAGAGCCAGAUGAGGUCAAAGUGCCCACCAAGGUGAAGAAAAUCCCAACACAAGAGCAAGAGAUGGAGAGCAUCAAGCUAAAACCCUUCUCCAGACCUUCCGAAGAUGAUGCAGAGCCCGAGAAGAAACCAGCGGAGGAGAAAGAGCGGAAGCCAAUCGAUGAACUGCACCGUCGUCGCAAAAGUCCAGAUGAAAAACUAAAAGUGCGAGAGCCAGAGGCUCAACUGAAGAAACCUGAGAUCCCAGCAACUCUAGAGAAGAAACCGGAUAAGCCGAAAGAGUCACAGGCAAUUCCAGUGGAGAAGAAGGCAUCUCCUGUGCCAGCUUCUGUCAAGAAAACUGAGAAUGUUCCUGAGAAACUCAAACCACUGCAGUUGAAGAAGGUAAUCACACCAAAGGUGAAAGAGGAGAAGGAAGAAGUUGCUCUUAAACCUUUGGAGCAGCUCAAGAAGGUUGAGCUGAAAAAGACACCAUCUCCCAAAGUUGAGAAGCUUAAAGAAGCAGAGGCAGUCCUCAUUGAGAGGAAGCCGAGCGUUGAUAGACUCAGGAAGGUUCCUAAACCUGUUUCUCCAAAAGACUCUAUUGAAGCUGUGACUCUGAAGAAGGUGCCAAAGAAGCCGUCACCAGAAGAGGAGAAGGCUGCAGAACCAGCGAAACCUGAGAAAGGGAAGUUUCCCCUGGUGAAGGAGGUCUCUCCUGGAGCUGUGCAGAUGAAGAAGGUGGACACUCAGCCGGAGGAGGAAGUGUUUGAAGAGGAGUUCGAAGCAGAAGAAGGUGCAGAAGAGGAGGAGGAGGCCUGGGGCUGGGAGCUGGUUCCUCGUGACAGUUGCGACUCCGAGGAUUGGGAAGGUGAAAGACAAGAAGGUGCUCUAGAGGUUCCAGGUGUGACCAGGAGAGAGGGACAACCAGCAGAGGAAGCAGGAAGAGGCCGAGGCCGAGGGCUGAAACCCAAGCAGACCCCGUCCCCUGGAGAAGGCAGGGGCCGCGGCCUGAAGCCAGGCGGAAAAGGAACCCCACCACCAGACGACCCCUUCGGAGGGUUCAAGCUGAAAGCCGUCCCUCUGAAGUUCAUCAAGAAGAUUCAGGACAUUGUGUUGAAGGAAGCCGAGUCCAUUGGUUCAUCUGCUGUGUUUGAGUGUGAGGUCUCACCUUCCACUGCCAUCACCUCAUGGAUGAAAGAUGACUGCAACCUGCGUGAGGACCCCAAGCACAAGUUUACGUCUGAUGGAAAAGAUCGCAAGUUGGCCAUUAUUGACGUCCAGCUGUCCGACACUGGUGAAUAUACCUGUGUGGCCAAGAACGCUGGCAAGGAAAUCUCAUGCAAAGCCAAGCUCAUUGUUGAAGAGUUACCUGUGAAGUGGAUCAAAGAGCUGGAGGAGGACACUUCCGCUCUGAAGGGUCAACCUGUGUACAUGACCUGCGAGCUGAACAAAGAGAGAGAUGUGGUCUGGAAAAGGAACGGCGAGGUCCUGAAGACUAAGGCCAACAAGAUUCAGAUCAACAUCAUAGGCAUGCAGCACGCUGUGACCAUCCAGAACAGCAGCGAGGAGGACGCUGGAUGCUAUUCAUGUGAAGUGGCCGGCCAGGAGGACGUGAAGACUGCGACAAACGUCAAAGUGAUUGAAAUUGUCAAAGAUUGGAUUGUGAAACCGCUGAGAGACCAGCAUGUGAAACCGAAGUCUGCUGCUACAUUUAAAUGCGAGCUGUUUAAGGACACACCCAACUGGAAGUGGCUCAAAGGAGAGAACGAGAUCACUCCAUCUGACAAGGUGGAGAUGAAGAAGGACGGGAAGGAGCUGAUGCUCACCAUCAAGAACUGUCAACCUGAGGACGUAGCAGAGUACGCCAUGGAGGUGGAGGGACGCGUCUACACUGCCAAGCUCACACUCGGAGAGCGGGAGGCUGAGAUCCUGAAGCCAUUGGCGAGCGUUGAGGUGACUGAGAAGGAAGAUGCCAUGUUUGAGACAGAGAUCUCUGAGGAUGACGUUCCAGGGGAAUGGAAGCUUAAAGGAGAGGUUUUGACCAGGUCCCCGACGUGUGACAUCCAAAUGGAGGGAGCAGUGCGUAGGCUCAUGCUGAAGAGCUGCCAGCUGGAUCAGGCCGGAGAAGUGUCCUACCAGGCUCUGAAUGCCAUUACCAGUGCAAUGCUCACUGUCAAAGCCCGAGUGAUCAGCCUGGCGAGGCCUCUGAAGGAUGUCGCCGUGACCGCUGGAGAGACCGCUACCUUCGAGUGUGAGCUUUCGUACGAAGGCAUCGCUGUCGAGUGGUUCCUGGGGGGAACCAAGCUGGAGCCAAGCGACAGAGUGGUGCUGAAGGUGGAGGGUAACGUCCACAGUCUGACUCUGAGGGACGUCCAGCUGAAUGAAGCUGGACAAAUCAAAAUCACCGCCAAAGACUUCCAGGCCGAGGCGUCGCUCAGCGUCCGAGAGCCGGCGGUAGAGUUCACAAAGCCUCUGGAGGACCAGACGGUGGAGGAAGAGGCCGUCGCCACGCUGGAGUGUGAAGUGUCCAGAGAGAAUGCAGAGGUACAAUGGUUCAAGGACGGACAGGAGAUCAGAAAGACCAAAAAGUACGAGACGAUCGUCGACGGCCGCAAGAGGGCGCUGGUCAUCCACGACUGCUGUCUGGACGACGCAAGGACGUACACCUGUGACGCUAAAGAAUUCAAGACCUCCUGCUUCCUCAACGUUGAACCUCCACAGGUUGAGUUCUCGAAGCCACUCCACGAUGUCGAGGUCAGAGAGAAGGAAACCGCCAGGUUUGAAUGUGAAGUCUCCAGAGGGGACAUCAAGGUCCGCUGGUUCAAGGACGGAAGUGAAAUCAGAAAGGGUAAAAAGUACGAGAUUGUUGCUCAAGGUCGCCAACACGUCCUCAUCGUCCACAAGUCGGUGUUUGACGACGAGGCUGAAUAUGAAUGUGACGCAAAGACCUGCAAGUCCUCCGGGAUGCUCACGGUUGUCGAGGAGGAGGCUCGCUUUACCAAGAACCUGUCCAACGUGGACGGCACCGAGACGGACAGCGUAAAGCUGAUCUGCGAGGUCUCCAAGCCCGGCGCCGACGUCACCUGGUACAAAGGUGACGAGGAGCUGCCGGAGGGCGGCCGCCACGAGAACAUCGUGGAUGGGAAGAGGAGGAUCCUCCUCAUCCAGGACCUGAAGAUGGCCGACGCCGGAGACUACAACUGCAGACUGAGUCCGAGUGUCAAGACCUCGGCAAACCUCAAGAUUAACGAACUGGCGGCCGAGUUCAUCUCCAGGCCUCAGAGCCAGGAAGUGGUGGAGGGCGAGAAGGUGGAGUUCACCUGCUCCGUCUCCAAGGAAACCUACGAGGUCAAGUGGCUUAAAGACGACAAGGAGCUGGAGGCGGGAGAGAAGUACCUGAUGUUGAGUGACGGCAAGAGGCGAACGCUGCUCAUCAAGGACAGCGAGCUGAAGGACGAGGGCGGAUACGUGGUGAUGAUCGGAGCGACCCGGGCUAGCGCCGACCUCACGGUGCUUGAGAAGCUGAGGAUCAUCACGCCGCUGAAGGACACAGAGGCCAAAGAAGGUCAGGAGGUCGUCCUGAACUGCGAGGUGAACUCAGAGGGAGCGAAGGCCAAGUGGCUGAAGAACGAGGAAACGCUGUUCGAGAGCAGCAAGUACGUGAUGGUGCAGAGAGACAACGUCUUCUCUCUGAGGGUCAGAGACGCCCAGAAGGCCGAUGAGGCCAACUACACCAUCAGCCUGACCAAUCAGAGAGGAGAACAGGCCAAGAGCUCGGGCAACCUCACAGUCAAAGAGGAGAGUCUGAAGAUCGUGGUUCCUCUGGAAGACGUCGACACGCAGGAGAAGAAGACCAUCAGCUUCUCCUGUAAGGUCAACAGGCCCAACGCCACGCUGAAGUGGAUGAAGGCCGGCGAGGAGAUCGCCUUCAGCAAACGCGUCGUCUACAGAGUCGACAAAGACAAGCACACGCUGACCAUUAAAGACUGCACGCUGGCCGACGAGGGCGAGUACACCGCCCUGGCCGGGGACAACAAGUCCACGGCGGAGCUCAUCAUCAGCGAGGCGCCGACAGACUUCAACGUGCACCUGAAGGACCAGACCAUCACAGAGUUUGAAGACGCAGAGUUCUCGUGUAAGCUGACCAAAGAGAAAGCAGAAGUCAAGUGGUACAGAAACGGACGUGAGAUCAGAGAGGGACCGAGAUACACUUUUGAAAAAGAUGGAAAGAUUUGCACCUUGCGCAUCAAAGAGUGCAGACCUGACGAUGAGUGUGAAUACGCCUGUGGUGUGGACGACAAGAGGUCCAGAGCCAGACUGUUUGUGGAAGAGACCCCCGUGGAGAUCGUCAGACCACCACAGGACGCGUUCGAACCCCCCGGCUCGGACAUCGUGUUCGAGGUGGAGCUCAACAAGGACCGAGUGGAGGUGAAGUGGCUGAGGAACAACAUGACGGUCGUCCAGGGAGACAAGUACCAGAUGGUGAGCGAAGGUAAAGCCCACAGACUGCAGGUCUGUGAGAUCCGACCCCGAGACCAGGGCGAGUACAGAGUCAUCGUCAAGGACAAAGAUGCAAAGGCCAAGCUGGAGCUGGCAGCUGUGCCUCAGAUAAAGACCACCGACCAGAGCUACGUCACAGAUGCCGGGAAGCCCAUUGUCAUGGCCGUCCCCUACAGCGCCUACCCGCAGGCUGAGGCCGAGUGGUUGUACGACAACCAGAGUCUGCCCAAAGACGACAUCUACACCUCCGCCGACCGCACAGAGUACCGGCUGAAGGACCCCAAGAAGUUAGACCAGGGCCGCUACAAGAUCAGGAUCAAGAACAAACACGGAGAGGGAGAAGCCUUCAUCAACCUCGACGUCAUCGACGUCCCGGGACCCGUGAAGAACCUGCAGGUGGUCGACACCGCCGACGGCGAGGUCAGCCUUGCAUGGGAGGAGCCAGAGAGCGACGGCGGCAGCAAGGUCAUUGGCUACGUGGUGGAGAGACGCGAUGUGAAGCGAAAGACCUGGACACUGGCCACAGAGCACGCCGACAGCCCCGAGUACACGGUGACCGGCCUCCAGAGAGACUCCAUGUACCUGUUCAGAGUCUGUGCCCGGAACCGGGUCGGCAGCGGACCCAACGUGGAGACGGACAAACCGGUCCAGGCCAAGAACAAGUUUGACGUUCCCGACGCUCCUCUGAACGUGAUCGUGGGAAACGUCUCCAAGUUUGGCUGCACUGUCUCCUGGGAGCCUCCCGUGUCGGACGGCGGCUCUCCCAUCACCUCUUACAUCAUCGAGCUGCGUGAUCGUACGGCAGUGAAGUGGUCGCCCAUCCAGAUAACCAAGGCCGACGAGCUCAGUGCCAUCGUCAAUGACGUCAUCGAGAACAAAGAAUACAUCUUCAGAGUUAAAGCCGAGAAUAAAGCCGGCGUCGGGAAGCCCAGCGCCGCUUCGCGACCCGUUAAGAUCAUGGAUCCCAUCGAGCGGCCCAGUCCCCCUCUGAACCUAUCCUGGCAGGACCAGAACAAGAGCUCGGUGCAGCUCAGCUGGGAGACUCCUCUGAAGAACGGAGGCAGCAUGAUCACCGGUUACAUAAUCGAACGCUGUGAGGACGGCAGCGAGAAGUGGCUGCGCUGCAACGCCCGCCUCUGCCCCGACCUCUUCUACAAGGUGUCUGGACUGAAAUAUGGCAAUAAGUACAACUACAGAGUGUUUGCUGAAAAUGCCGCCGGAGUCUCUGACCCGUCGAACCUCAUCGGACCUCUGCUGGCUGACGACCCACAUGUCGGUCCGGCCUUUGACCUGAGUGGUUUCAAAGACGGCCUGGAGGUCAUCGUCCCUCAGCCUCUCACCAUCAGAGUCCCCAUCUGCGGAUACCCGACCCCCAUCGCCAAGUGGACCUUCGGAGAGAAAGAGCUGACCACCGCCGACGAGCGCGUCAGUCUGAUGACCAAGUCCACGUUCACAGAACUGAUCGUCACACCGAGCGUUCGCCCUGACAAAGGCAUCUACGUCCUGCAGCUGGAGAACAAUGUCACCUCCGUCUCUGGAGAGAUCGAAGUCAACGUCAUCGCUGCACCCAGUGCUCCAAAGGACUUCAAGGUCCUGGAGGUGACCCGGCAGCACGUCCACCUGAGCUGGGAAGCGCCGGAGCACGACGGAGGAAGUCCUCUGACUGGCUACCAGGUGGAGAAACGGGACAUGUCCCGCAAGACCUGGGUCAAGGUGGCUACAGGGGUCCAGGACCAGGAGUUCACUGUUACGGACGUGGUUGAAGGGAAGGAGUAUCUGUUCAGGGUCACUGCCUGCAACAAGUGUGGACCAGGAGAGCCGGCGUACAUUGACGAGCCCGUCAACAUCUCCUCUCCUGCCACUGUCCCCGACCCUCCGGAGAACCUGAAGUGGAGGGACAAGUCGGCCAGCGGCAUCUUCCUGACCUGGGAGCCGCCAAAGUACGACGGCGGCAGCGGCAUCAGAGGAUACAACGUGGAUCGCUGCCAGAGAGGAAUGGAUAAGUGGGAGCCCUGCGGGGACAUGGUGCCCGAGCUGAAGUGCCAGGUGACUGGUCUGAUCGAGUGCCAGUGGUACUCCUACAGAGUCCGGGCCCUGAACGGACUCGGAGCCAGCCGGCCGUGCAAGGCCACAGACGAGAUCCAGGCCGUUGAUCCAAAAGAACCUCCAGAGAUCCAGCUGGACGCCAAGCUGCUGGCCGGUCUGACCGCCAAGGCCGGCAGCAAGAUCGAACUCCCCGCGGAGGUGACGGGUAAGCCAGAGCCUCGGGUGAAGUGGACCAAGGCCGACCUGGUCCUCAAACCGGAUGACAGGGUAUCCAUUGACACCAAGCCGGGACACUCCACCGUUACUAUUGCCAAGACAACGAGAGACGAUACCUCCACCUACAUCAUCGAGGCAACCAACAGCAGCGGCCGCGCCACUGCAACAGUCGACGUCAACAUCCUCGAUAAGCCUGGUCCUCCAGCUGCUUUCGACAUCUCUGAGAUCACCAACGAGUCCUGCUUCCUGGCCUGGAACCCUCCGCGGGACGAUGGCGGCUCAAAAGUCACCAACUACAUUGUGGAACGCCGAGCUGCAGACAGCGAGAUCUGGCACCGUCUGUCCUCCACCGUCAAACAGACCACCUACAAGGCAGUGGGCCUGGUCAAGUUCAAGGAGUACAUCUUCAGAGUCUUUGCAGAGAACCAGUUUGGUGUUGGUCCACCUGCUGAACACCCGUCCAUCAUCGCCAGAUACCCCUUCGACACUCCUGGAGCUCCUUAUAAGUUGGAGCAUUCAGACAUCGCCAAGGACUCGCUGUCUCUGGCCUGGUACGAGCCCGAUGAGGAUGGAGGAAGCCCCAUCACAGGAUACUGGGUGGAGAGAUACGAACCCGACCACGACAAGUGGAUCAGAUGCAACAAGCUGCCCAUCAAAGACACCAACUACAGAGUCAAAGGUCUUCCCACCAGGAAGAAGUACAAGUUCAGAGUCCUGGCUGAGAACCUGGCUGGAACUGGAAAACCCAGCAAGGAGACGGACCUGAUCCUCGUCAAAGAUCCUAUUGAUCCUCCAUGGCCUCCUGGUAAGCCCACGGUGAAGGAUGUCGCUAAGACUUCCUGCUUCCUGAUGUGGACCAAACCAGAGCACGAUGGUGGAGCAAAGAUCGACGGCUAUGUCAUUGAGAUGCUCAAGAGCGGUACCGUGGACUGGAUCCGCGUGGCGGAGAACAUCAGCACCCUGGAAUACUUCCUGAAAAGCCUGAUGGAGAAGCAGGAGUACUCGUUCAGGGUGCGGGCCGUUAAUGUGGCCGGGGAGAGCGAACCCAGCGAGCCCAGCGACCCAGUGCUCUGCAAAGAGAGACUGAACCCUCCCAUGGCUCCUCGCUGGCUGAACGUCAUCAACGUGAGCAGGAACAGUGCCGAGUUGAAGUGGACCGCCCCCGAGCGUGACGGUGGCUCACCCAUCACCAACUACGUGGUGGAGAAGCGUGACGUCAGGCGCAAAGGCUGGCAGGUCGUGGACACCACCGUCAAGGAGCUGAAGUACACCGUGACCCCACUCAACGAGGGGUCGCUGUACGUGUUCCGCGUAGCUGCCGAGAACGCCGUGGGCGUAAGCCCGUUCUGCGAGCUGGAGGACUCUGUGCUGGCCAAAGACACUUUCACCACUCCUGGGCCACCGUACGCCCUCACUGUCAACACUGUGACCACAAAGUACGUGGACCUUCAGUGGGAGGCACCUAAAAACGAUGGUGGUCGACCCAUCCUCAGAUAUUCAAUGGAGAAGAAGGAGAAACUCGGCACUCGCUGGGUUAAAUGCGGGAAGACCUCGGGUCCAGACUGUAGGUACAGAGUGACUGACGUCAUCGAGGGAACAGAGGUUCAGUUCCAGGUCCGUGCUGAGAACGAGGCCGGCGUGGGACAUCCGAGCGAACCCACCGAGAUCCUCACAAUCGAAGAUCCUACAGGUGUCCCAUCUCCACCCAUCGAGCUGCAUGUGACCGGCGCCAGCAGGGACUUCCUGUCAAUAGCCUGGAAACCUCCGCAGAGGGACGGCGGCUGCCGCAUCACGGGAUACCACAUCGAGAUGUGUGAGGCCGGAACAGAGAAGUGGAUGAGGGUCAAUUCCCGCCCAGUGAAGGAGCUGAAGUAUCGCGUGGAAGAGGGAGUGAUCCCUGAGAAGGAGUACAUCCUGAGAGUUAGGGCCAUCAACGCCGCCGGAGAAAGCGAGCCCUCCGACAUUUCUGAGAACGUCUUCGCCAAAGACUCAGACUGUAACCCAACACUCGACUUCCAGACUCUGGACCUGGUUGUUGUGGAAACAGAGAAGCUGCACAUCCCAGUUCCCUUCAAAGCCGUCCCCUUGCCCAGGAUCACCUGGCACAAAGACGGGAAGGAGCUGAAGGCUGAUGAACGUCUCGGCUUCAGGAAGGAGUACACUUCCUGUCACCUGGAGGUCGACAGCAGCCUUCACGCCGAUGCCGGCGUGUACAAAGUGACUCUGGAGAACAAACUGGGAGCCGCCAGCGCCACCAUCAACGUCAAAGUCAUCGGUCUCCCUGGUCCCUGUAAGGAGAUCAUGGCCUCUGAGAUCACAAAGAGCUCCUGUAAAGUUUCAUGGGAUCCUCCAGACUACGACGGCGGCAGCCCCAUUCUUCACUACGUUCUGCAGCGGCGUGAGGCCGGCAGGAGGACGUACGUCAAUAUGAUGUCCGGAGAGAACAAGGUGAGCUGGAAUGUGAAAGACCUCGUCCCCAACGGAGAAUACUACUUCAGGGUCCAGGCCGCCAACAAGAUCGGAGGAGGAGAGUUCAUUGAGCUCCGCAACCCGGUCAUCGCAGAGGACCAGAAACACGCUCCCGACCCACCGGUGGACGUGGAGACACACAACCCCACGUCCAGCACCAUCACUCUGACCUGGAAGCCUCCCAUGUACGACGGCGGCUCUAAGAUCAUGGGCUACGUCCUGGAGAAGCAGCAAAAGGGCGAGGACAAGUGGGAGAGGUGCAACGACUUCCUGGUGCCCGUCCUGUCCUACACCGUCAGACGACUGACGGAGGGCAAGAACUACGCCUUCAGAGUCAGAGCUGAAAACGCAGCCGGGGUCAGCGAGCCGUCACGCAACACGCUGUUUGUCAAGAUCUCAGACGCUGUCGAUGCACCGAAGGUUUUCCUGAGCGGCAGCCUGCAGUCCGGUCUCAAUGUGAAGCGAGGCUGCGAGAUCCAACUAGACGCCAACAUCUCUGGCUCACCGUACCCUGAGAUCACCUGGUACUGGAACAACCAGGUGAUACGGCCUGAGGCCCUCCGCAAGAGACGGGAAAAGCCCCUGAAGAAGAAGGUGGAGAAGAAGGAAGAGGAGAAGAAGGAGGAGGUAGAAGCUGAGAAGAAGGAGGGAGAGGUGAAGGAAGGAGAAGAGAAGAAAGAAGGAGAUGAGAAGGGUGAGAAGAAGGAGGAGGAAUCUGUGGAGCUUGAGUUGGAGGAGUCUGAAUACCCGACAAUAAACGAGCGUCUGGCCAUUGACAACCGCCGCAGGGGCACUUCCUCCAUUGUCAUCAAGGACUCGAUCCGGCCCGACCACGGCAUCUACAUGGUGAAGGUGGAGAACGACCACGGCAUCGCCUCUGCAACCUGCGAGGUCAACGUGCUUGAUAUCCCCGGUCCUCCUGUGAACUUCAGAUUCGAGGAGGUGAGGAAGAGCUCUGUGGUCUGCAAGUGGGAUCCCCCUCUCGACGACGGCGGCAGCGAGAUCCUCAACUACACUCUGGAGAAGAAGGACAACUCGAAGCUGGAGUUCGGCUGGAGCAGCGUCACCUCCACGCUGAGGGGCUGCAGAUACCUAGUGCCCAAACUCAUUGAGAAGAAAGAGUACAUCUUCAGGGUCGUGGCUGAGAAUAAGUUCGGUGCUGGUCCUCCCUGUGUCUCCAAACCACUCGUCGCCAAGGAUCCUUUUGAUCCUCCCGAGGCUCCUGAUAAGCCAGAGAUUGAUGAUAUCACAGCCCACAGCAUGCUGGUCACCUGGAACGAGCCGAACGACAACGGCAGCCCCAUUGUGGGAUACUGGGUGGAGCGCCGCGAGAUCAACAGCUCACACUGGGCACGUGUGAACAAGAACAUCGUCCCAGACACUGAGCUCAACGUUGAAGGUCUUCUGGAAGGCCUGACCUACAUCUUCAGGGUCGCAGCUGAAAACCAGGCCGGCCCAGGAAAGUUCAGUGUCCCCUCUGAACCCAAAACAGCCCAGGCUCCGAUCUUACCUCCUGGACCACCAGUUGCCCGAGUGGCCGCAACCACCGACCAUUCCAUCGAAGUGGAGUGGGACCCACCUGCCGACAACGGUGGGGGAGAGAUCCUUGGGUACCACGUGGAUAAGGCAAUGGCUGGCAGCAAGGACUGGUCCAGGUCUACAGAGCGUCCCUGGAAGACCCGGGCGUUCACUGUCUAUGGGGUCCGCGAGGGAGCCAAGUACCUGGUCAGAGUCAUCGCCUGCAACGCAGCAGGAGAGGGAACACCGGGAUUCACAGACUCUGUGUUUGUCAGGAAUCCUGCAGAGUUGCCGGUGAUUGAACUGGACCUUUCCGUCAAGAAUGGCCUGGUCAUCAGAGCUGGAGAGUUGCUCCGUGUACCUGCUACAGUCACAGGUAAACCCUACCCCUCCAUCACCUGGACCAAGGACGACGGUAAACCUGACAAAGACCGCGUGGAGAUUCUCACUGAGGGAAACGACAGCAUUGUUUCAAUCAUGAACGUCCAGAGGAAGGACUGUGGCAAAUACCAGAUCUCUGCUUGCAACCCCAGUGGCAAAAAGGCUGCCUGGACCAGAGUGGAAGUUGUGGAUGUCCCUGGACCCGUCACAGACCUGAAGCCUGUUGUUGUCACUCGUAAGAUGAUCUUCCUGAACUGGGACGACCCUGAGGAUGACGGAGGCAGCGAUUUGACCGGCUUCAUUGUGGAGCGAAAAGACGGCAAGAUGCACACAUGGAGGCAACCCGUUGAAACUACCUCAUCUAAGUGCGAGUGUGUGGGCAUCAUGGAGGGACAGGUGUACAUGUUCCGCGUUAUCGCCAAAAACAAGUAUGGCAUGGGCCCGCCCGUCGAGCUGGGGCCCAUCAACGCUGUGGACCCACAGGGCCCCCCAUCAUACCCCGAGAAGUUCCAUUACACUGAGCGCACCAAGAACUCCAUCACAUUAACCUGGAAGCCGCCUCGUAAUGACGGAGGCAGCCCUGUCAGCGGCUACUUUGUUGAGAAGAAGAGGCAGGAUCAGCAGGCCUUUGAGCCUUGCAACACAGAGAUCUGCCCCAACAUGUCCAUGACUGUGGAAGGCCUGGAAGACGCCUGGAUGUAUGAGUUCAGGAUCAAGUGUGCUAACCUUAUUGGAGAGAGCGAGCCAUCCAUCCCAUUUACUGUGGUUAUCCAAGAUGAUGAAGUGGCUCCUGAGGUCCACAUGCUAAAGAUCUUUAAGGGAGACUCCAUUACCGUGAAGAAGGGUGAACCCAUUGAGAUCCCCGCCGACAUCCUGGGACUCCCCAUCCCUAAGAUUGAGUGGUCCAAGGACGAUGUGGUAAUCCAGGAGCCCACCGAGACUCUGCUGAUGGAGACGGAGGUGACCGGCAGGAUGAACUGCAAGACUGCACUGUCCAUAACAGCAGUCAAUAGAAGAGACCGCGGUAGCUACACUGUGUCCGCCUCCAACAAUAUGGGCUCGGCCAAGCACACCAUCUCUGUCAUGGUGCUGGAUCGACCACUCCCCCCCAGGAAUGUAACAGUCUCCAAAAUCAAGGCCGAGUCCUGCUACCUCCAGUGGGAUGCACCACUUGAUGAUGGUGGCAGCAUGCUGACCAACUACAUUGUUGAAAAGAAGGAAGUGGUGAAAGAGGAGCCAGAGCUGGAGGAGGGACAGGAAGCUCCGCCUGAGCCACAGUGGGAGGAGGUUACCAACAGCAUCAUAGAGAAGAAAUACGGGGUGUGGAACCUGGACACCAACAAGACCUACUUGUUCCGUGUCCGAGCUGAGAACCGCUACGGUAAAUCUGACCCCUGUGCAACAGAGCAAGUCCAGAUCACAGACCCCUUCGGGCUUCCCGGUCCACCAGACAAACCAACCAUUGCGGAGUACUCUAAGACCUCCAUGACCCUUACCUGGGAACCUCCCAGGGACAAUGGCGGAUCCAUGAUUAUUGGGUACUGGCUGGAGAAGAGGGAGAAAGGCACCAGCUACUGGGCCAGAGUCAACAAGUUGCCAGUCACCAAGAGGGGUGUGAAAGGCUGGGAGUACCAGGUGACUCGACUGUUCGAAGGAACAGAGUACGAGUUCAGGGUUGCUGCCAUCAAUUCUGCAGGAACUGGACCGUUCAGUGGACCAUCCGACUCUGCCUUCGCUGUCGACCCACUCACUCCUCCAAGCAUGCCUGCUGCUCCCGUGGUGGCAGAUAAGACGAAGCACAAUGUCACUCUGACCUGGAAACCACCAGAGAGUGACGGCGGAAGCCCCAUCAAGGGCUACAUCAUCCAGAUCCAGGACGAAGGCUCAUCACAGUGGAUAAGGGUGAACGACCCCGACGCCCCUCACCCCACGACUGAGUUCACCGUUCCCAGCCUCCGUGAGCUGAAGCGCUAUCGCUUCAGGAUCAUCGCCGUCAACGACAUCGGCGAAUCCGACCCCAGCCCCCGCACCGGCGAGGUUCUGAUCGAGGAUGUCCAACUCGGACCUUCAAUCUCCAUCGACCUGUUGGUCGACGACCUGCUGUGCAUUCGUGCGGGAGAUCCAUUCAAGAUCCCUGCCACCAUCAAGGGCCGCCCUGUUCCCAAGGUGACCUGGGACUUUUAUGGCAAAGCCAAGUCCCACAAGAAGAAGAAAGUGCACACACUGCCCGUGGACUCGGAGGUCGAGUCCACUGACACUACAUCUGUUGUAACCGUCCCUGUGAGCCUGAGGAGUCACUCUGGACGUUACACCAUCACCGCCAAGAACAAGUCCGGCCAGAAACACGUCAACGUCAGAGUCAAUGUCCUUGACGUCCCCGGACCUCCAAAGGAGUUGAGGGUUACUGACAUAACUCGGGCUACCAUGAGGCUGAUCUGGAAACUCCCCGACAACGAUGGAGGAGAGAGAAUUAAGAGCUACUUCAUCGAGAAGAGGAGUAUCACUGACAAGGCCUGGACCAAGGUGAAUGCAGCCUGUGCCAGCCAGGCCUACGUGGUGCCGGGUCUGCUGGAGGGGCAGGACUACUUGUUCAGGGUCCGCGCUGAGAACAGGCUUGGAUUUGGUCCGUUUACCAUCACCACUGAACCCGCUCGGGCCAGAGACCCCAUCUACCCACCCGACCCCCCCACCAAGCUGAAGGUCAACCUGGUAACAAAGACCACCGUCACUCUGAACUGGGAGGCUCCCAAAAACAACGGUGGCUCCCCAGUGAAGCAUUACGUCAUUGAGCGUCUGAGCUGGGACACGAGCGGCAAAGAGAAGGAGACGUGGAAACAGUGCAACAAGAGAGACGUGGAGGAGCUGAGCUUCGUGGUGGAGGACCUGAAGGAGGGAGGAGAAUAUGAGUUCAGGGUGAAAGCCGUGAAUGCUGCAGGACCCAGCCGACCCUCUGCCACCGUUGGACCCAUGGUCAUUAAGGAUCAGACAUUUGCUCCCACCAUUGAGCUGCGUGAGGCCAUGGAGGGCGAAGAGGGCUGUGACGUCAGCAUCGUGGCCAAGGUGAGCGGAUGUCCUUUCCCCACUCUCGCCUGGCAGAUGGCCAGCCUGGCCAAACCUGACGAGAGGGCCGCCGUCCAGUACGAUCAGCACAUCAACAAACUGGUGACCCAUGACAAGUGCACGCUGCUGAUCCAGCAGGCCAGCAGGCACGACAGCGCCCUCUACAGCCUGACUGCCAGCAACAGCCUGGGCACCGUCACCAAGGACAUCAAGCUCUCAGUGCUGGGACCUCCCGGCCCGCCCGUCGGACCGCUCAAAUUCACCGAGGUGUUUGCGGAGAGGAUCGGCCUGGCCUGGAACCUUCCCACAGACGACGGCGGAUCCAAGAUCACCAACUACGUGGUGGAAAAGCGGGAGGACAACAGGAAGUCCUGGGUCCACGUCUCCAAUGACCCCAAGGAGUGCGCCUACGUGGUGACACGUCUGACGGAGAACCACGAGUAUGAGUUCAGAGUCAUGGCCCAGAACAAGUUCGGAGUUGGGCCUCCGCUGGUCAGCGAGCCGGAGAAGGCCAGAAACCUGUUCACCGUCCCGGGUCAGUGUGAGAAACCAACAGUGACCGAAGUCUGUCUGGAGUCGAUGACUGUCAACUGGGAAGAGCCCAAGUACGACGGCGGCUCGUCCAUCACGGGUUACAUCGUGGAGAAGAAGGAGACGACCGCCAAACGCUGGACCCGCGUCAACCGCGACCCGAUACGAGCGCUGCCACUGGGAAACAACUGGGACGUCACCGGCCUGCUCAAUGGCGCCAUGUACCAGUUCAGGGUCAUCGCUGUCAACGCCGCCGGCUGCGGUCUGCCCAGCGUGCCCUCUGACCCCGUCCUCUGCAGAGACCCCAUCAAGCCUCCGGGACCGCCCACUCCCAAGGUGACCGACUGGACGAGGUCGACGGUGGAGCUGGAGUGGAUCCCUCCUGUGGUGGACGGUGGGUCAAAGGUCACCGGCUACAUCGUGGAGUUCAAGGUGGUGAACAAGGAGGAGGAGGACAAGAAGGCUCAGAGGAGGCUGCUGCUGAGCGACGCCGAGGAGAAGGAGGAGCCCGAGAGUGAGGAGAGCUGGGCCAAGGCAAAGGACACAGAGAUUCGAGGAACCAAGUUUGUGGUUGACGGCCUGAAGGAAGGUGGUCUGUACCGCUUCCGAGUCCGAGCCGUGAACACCGCCGGAGUGGGAGAGCCAGGACUCGUGUCUGAGCUGAUCGAGGUCAAAGACAGAACGAUUCCUCCUGAGAUGGACUUGGAUGCCUCUGUGAAAGAGAAGAUCGUGGUCCACGCCGGUGGCACCAUUCGCAUCAUCGCCUACGUGUCCGGUAAACCCGCCCCGCAGAUCAGCUGGUGCCGGGAUGACGCCGAGGUGCCCAAAGAGGCCGUGGUGGAGACGACGGGCAUCUCCAACUCGCUGGUCAUCAAGAACUGCAGACGCCAGCACCAGGGCAUCUACACCCUGAGCGCCAAGAACGAGGGAGGAGAGAGGAGGAAGGCCGUCAUCGUCGAGGUCCUGGACGUCCCGGGACCCGUUGGUCUUCCCUUCGCCGGAGAGAAUCUGACCAUGGACUCCUGCAAGUUGACCUGGUACUCCCCUGAGGACAACGGUGGCUCGGCCAUUACCAACUACAUCAUCGAGAAGCGAGAGUCAGAUCGCAUGGGCUGGACCUCGGUGUCCUACACGGUGACGAGGAACAACGCCGUCGUUCAGGGACUCAUCGACGGCAAGGGCUACUUCUUCAGGAUCGCAGCUGAGAACAUCAUCGGCAUGGGACCGUUCAUCGAGACCGACAAGAUGGUUCUCAUCAAGGACCCCAUCUCCGUCCCCGAGCGUCCUGAGGACCUGAUCAUCACCGCUGUUACCAAGGACUCCCUCUCUGUGGCCUGGAGACCGCCCAAGUACGACGGAGGCGCCGAGGUGACCGAGUACGUCCUUGAGUCCCGCAUGAUCGGCCGGGACACCUUCACCCGUGUAGGUGGCAAAGACAAGCUGAUGGACAGGAAGUUCACACUGACGGGGCUGAAGGAAGGCUCGAACCACGAGUUCAGAGUCUCCGCCAUCAACAAGGUGGGACAAGGAAAACCGUCCUUCGCCACCAAACCGGUGCAGUGCAAGGACGAGCUCGAACCGCCAACCCUGGACCUGGACUUCAGGGACAAGAUGAUGGUGAAGGUGGGUGACAGCUGCACACUGUCAGGAUGCUACAGUGGCAAACCGGCACCGGCGGUCGCCUGGAAGAAGAACGACGAGGAGCUGAAGGUGGACGAGGAGAUCGGCCUCCACAGCACCACCCGCCACCUCAGCCUCAACAUCAGCAGAGCCAAGAGAGAUCACAGCGGCUGCUACUGCGUCAAUGUGGAGAACACGGCCGGAGCUCGCACAGGAAUCUGCACCAUCACUGUGGUCGACCGUCCUCAGCCUCCAGAGGGCCCAGUGGUCUUCAACGAGGUCUACGGGAACUACAUGGUGGUCUCCUGGAACCCUCCUCUUGAUGAUGGAGGCUGCGCCAUCUCCAACUACAUCAUUGAGAAGAGAGACACCAACAGAGACCUGUGGAUGCCCGUCACCUCUUCCUGCACCAGGACGUCCUGCAGGGUGCCAAAGCUGAUCGAGGGUCGUGAGUACAUCGUCAGGAUCAUGGCUCAGAAUAUCUACGGCAUCAGCGACCCACUCCUGUCUGGAGAGACCAAGGCCAGAGACAUCUUCAAGGUGCCCGACGCUCCCAAACAGCCCACGGUGAAGGAGGUGUACCACGACUCUGCCCUUGUCAGCUGGGAACCACCUGCCGACGGAGGAAAACCAAUCACAGGCUACAUCGUGGAGCGGAAGGAGACCAUGGCCAACAGGUGGGUUCGCUGCAACACAGAGAGAAUCCAUCCAAAGGUGGAGUACUGUGUGACGGAGCUGCUGAAAGGCUGCGAGUACGAGUUCAGGGUCAGCGCUGAGAACGAGGUGGGAGCCGGAGACCCGAGCCCGCCGUCCAAACCUGUCUUCGCCAAAGAUCCCAUAGUGAAACCAAGUCCACCAAUGAACCUCCAGGCCAUCGACUUCACAAAGGAGUCAGUGACUCUGUCCUGGGAGCCGCCUGCCGACACCGGCAGAGGAAAGAUCUUUGGAUACCUGCUGGAGUUCCAGAAGGCGGGAGAGGAGGAAUGGCUAAAGGUGAACCAGACUCCAGACUCCUGCCAGGAGACCAAGUUCAAGGUGAUCAACCUGGAUGACGGUGCACUUUACCGAUUCAGAGUCAUGGCCGUCAACGCUGCCGGGGAGUCUGACCCGGCUAACGUGAAGGAGCCAGUCAGAGUACAGGACAGACUUGAGCCCCCAGAGCUGAUUUUGGAUGCCGGAAUGACCAGAGAGGUGAGGGCCAUGGCUGGCACUCACAUCACUCUGAUGGCCGACAUCAAAGGCGUCCCGUUCCCCUCUGUUACCUGGAAGAAGAAUGAGGCUGAUGUGCCCACGAGGGCUGACAUUGAUACCAACCAAGCUGGCACUAAGCUGGAGAUGAGGUUCUGUAACCGAGGGGACUGUGGAGACUACACCCUGACUGUGGAGAACCCAGUCGGAUCCAAGACCGUCACCUGCACUGUGCUAGUCCUUGACAAGCCUGGUCCCAUCCAGCACCUUCGGGUGACAGACGUCAGGAGUGACUCUGCCUACCUUUCCUGGAAGGACCCAGAGGACAAUGGCGGUACUCGAAUCACAAACUUUGUGGUGGAAAAGAAAGACAUAGCAUCCACUCAGUGGGUCCCUGUCUGCUCCACAUCCAAGAAACGCAGCAUGACGCUGAAGCACCUGAUGGAGGGCACGUCCUACUCGUUCAGAGUCGCUGCUGAGAACCAGUACGGUCGAAGUGAAUACGUUGAGACGCCAAAGGCAAUCAAGGCAAUGAACCCACUCUUCCCUCCUGGUCCUCCCAAAGACCUGCACCAUGUCGACGUGGACAAGACUGAGGUGUGGUUGGUCUGGAACUGGCCUGACCGCAAUGGAGGAAGUGAUAUCACAGGCUUCCUGGUGGAGUAUCAGGAGGAGGGAGUGAAGGAGUGGGAUGAGUGGAAGACUGUCAGCAUCCCUGAGAGUCACGUGACUGGCCUGGAGGAAGGAAAGACCUACCGCUUCAGAGUGAGGGCUGAGAACGCCAUUGGCCUCAGCAGACCUGACACCACUGUGCCUAUCCUCUGCCAGGAGAAACUGGUUCCCCCAAUCGUUGAGUUGGACGUUAAGCUCACUGAAGGCAUCAUUGUGAAGGCUGGUACUACCAUCAGGCUGCCAGCUAUCAUGAGAGGAAUCCCUGUUCCGACUGCAAAGUGGUCCAUUGAAGGAGAGGAGCUCAUCAGCCAGGGCAAUGUCAAAAUCGACACUGACAACUUCUCCACUGUGCUCAGCAUUAAUGAGUGCACAAGGAACCACACUGGCACCUACCUGCUCGCUGUGUCAAACCCAGCCGGAACCAAGACAGUAGCUUUGAAUGUAACUGUCCUGGAUGUUCCCGCUGCUCCCAUUGGACCUGCCAACCUCCUGGAGGUCACUCCUGAUUCCAUGAUUAUUGAAUGGCGUCCUCCCAAGGACGAUGGUGGCAGCCCCGUAACCAACUACAUUGUGGAGAAGAGGGAGUCCAACAAGGAGACCUGGGGAGGUGUGAGCUCCGGCAGUCUUGCCACCCAGCUCAGGAUCACACGCCUACAGAAGGGAGUUGAGUAUGUGCUUCGUAUUCGUGCUGAGAACAAGAUGGGCAUUGGUGCUCCUCUGGAGAGCAAGCCAACGGUCGCUGAGCACUCCUUCAUGCCACCCAGCCCGCCUGGUAAGCCACAGACUUCCGAUAUUGCAGAGGAUGCGGUUACAGUCGGCUGGACCAUGCCCCUGUCUGAUGGUGGCAGCCAGAUUGCUGGCUACAUCAUCGAGCGCAGGCACAAGGGAGGAAAAUGGAUCCGUGUCAAUAAGACACCGUGCAAGGACCUGAGGUAUAGAGUUCUGGGUCUUUUUGAGGGCAAUGAAUAUGAGUUUAGAGUGUUUGCUGAGAAUAUUGCCGGCUACAGUGGACCCUCUCCCACCUCUGACCCCUGCAAGCCCUGCAGGCCUAUCACUGUCCCCAGUCCCCCUGUAAACCCCAGAGUUAAAGAUUACAGCAAGACCACUGCCGACCUGGUGUGGAGCAAACCCAAUAAGGAUGGAGGCAGCCCUAUCUUGGGCUACACUGUGGAAAUAAAGAAAGCAGAUACUGACGAAUGGAAUAAAGUGAACCUGGACGACUUCAUCAAGCAGUGUGCCUACAGUGUCAAGGGUCUGGAGGAGGGCGGCACCUACAGAUUCAGAGUGAGCGCCUCAAACAUGAUUGGAGAUGGAGAACCGAGAGAAAUCCCACAGUCCAUCACUGCGCAGGAUAUCCUCAUUCCUCCAGAGAUUGAGAUGGAUGCCACCUGCCGUGAGCGUGUCACUGUGCGCGUCGGAUACAACAUCAACAUCAUCGGUUACAUUAAGGCCCGCCCUGACGCUGAAGUGCUAUGGUCAAAGGAGGAGACAGUUCUGGAGAACAACAAACGCGUCACCAUCACUCAGAACUUCCCUGUGGUCCAGCUGAGGAUCAAAGAGGCCACAAGAGAUGAUCACGGAAAAUACAUCGUUAAGGCUUCAAAUGAGGGCGGAGAGGCCUCCUGCACCAUCACACUCAAUGUGCUAGACAGACCCAGCCACUGCCAGAACCUGCACACUACCUAUGCUACCAGGGACUCAUGUAUGAUCAACUGGGAGGCCCCUAAGGACAACGGUGGAUCUGAGAUCACCAACUACAUCGUGGAGUGCCGUGAGCCCAGCAUUAGCACGUGGGCUAUGAUCUCCUCUAACUGCACCAAUCGCAAGAUCAAGGCCAAACUGAUGGAUGGCCGCGAAUACCUGUUCCGUGUCUGUGCUGUGAACAAAAUGGGACCUGGACCCACUGUGGAGACCAAGACCCCUCUUCUGGCCAUUGACCCCAUCGAGAAUCCUGGUGAGCCUGAGAACUUCAGAGUCACUGACAUUGGUAAGAACUAUGUCUAUCUGAGAUGGAGGAAGCCUGACUAUGAUGGUGGAAGCCCCAACCUCUCCUACAACCUGGAGUGCAAAGGCAAAGAUGCAGAUGAGUGGCAGAAACUCAACGCCGGCAUUCUCACUAAUACUUUCUUCCUGGCUGACAAGUGUGUAGAGAAUCAGACGUACACUUUCAGGGUGCAGACCGUAAAUGAGGGAGGGGAGAGUGACUGGGUGAAACUUGCUGAUAUUGUGGUGAGGGAGGAGAUCCAGAAGCCUGUCAUUGACCUGAAGCUGACCGGAACUCUGACAGUGAUGGUUGGAGAGUCAGUCAGGAUAGAGGCCGGCUUGAGAGGGAAGCCCCAGCCUGAGGUAAAAUGGAUCAAAGACAAGGCUGUUGGAGACAACCCCAGAAUCAGUUAUGAGACUGGCCCAGACUACUCCAAGUUCCUAAUGACCAAAUCCAGACGCACUGACACCGGAAAAUACAUCAUCACUGCCACCAACUCAGCUGGCACCUUCACAGCAUAUGCCAACGUAAACGUCCUGGAUGUCCCCGGGCCAGUAAGGUACCUCAGGAUUACGGGCAUUGGAGCCGACAAGUGCAGAGUUGUGUGGGAUGCUCCAGAGGAUGAUGGAGGUUGCGAGGUAGACAGCUACAUCCUUGAGAAAUGUGAGACCAGGAGGAUGGUGUGGUCCACAUACUCAGCCUCUGUGGUUACACCAUACUGCAACGUCACUCGUCUAGUGGAGGGCAAUGAAUACAUCUUUAGAGUGAGGGCAGAGAACAAGAUGGGAACUGGCCCGGCCAUGGAGAGCAAGCCUGUCACUGUCAAGACUCAGUUCAACAAACCUGGCGCCCCUGAUACCCCAGAGGUGACCAAGGUGAGCAAAGAGGAGAUGACAGUGGUCUGGGCUCCUCCUGAGAACGAUGGAGGGAAGUCGAUCACUGGUUACAUCCUGGAGAGGAAAGAGAAGAGGGCAGUGCGCUGGGUGCCAUGCACCAAGAGCCCCAUCUCCGAAAGACGCAUGAAAGUCACUAACCUGAUUCCUAACCACGAGUACCAGUUCAGGGUGAAGGCUGAGAACGAGGUUGGUCUGGGAGAGCCCAGCAAACCCUGCAGACCCGUUGCAGCCAAAGAUCCCAUCGAGCCCCCUGGCCCUCCUGCAGGGCUGAAGGUGGGUGACAGCACCAAGACCUCUAUCACACUGUCCUGGUCUAAACCUGUGUAUGAUGGAGGUGCCCCCAUAAUUGGCUACAGCUUGGAUUUGAGGCUGAAGAGCGAGGCAGACCCUGAAAAGCCCUCAGAGGGCUGGAAGAGAAUUGACACCCGUGGCCCACUGGUGCUCACAGAGUUCACCAUUGGCCAGCUGGAUGAAAAGCAGGAGUACGAGUUCAAAGUUUCUGCCCGAAACCAGGUGGGCUGGGGACGCCACGCCUACUUGAAGGAGGCUGCCUCCCCCAAGGAGAUACUGGAGGCUCCAGAGAUCGAACUGGACGCUAGUCUGAGAAAAGGCCUGGCUGUCAGGGCUGGAUGUCCCAUCAGGCUUUUUGCUGUGAUCAGAGGAAGGCCCGCCCCCAGGGUUACCUGGAAGCGCCUUGGUGUGGACAAUGUAGUCCGCCGAGGCCACGUGGACCAGGUUGACAGCAUGUCCUUCCUGGUUAUUCCUGAGAGCACCAGGGAGGAUUCUGGGCAAUACUCACUCACUCUGUCCAACACAGCUGGAGAAAAAGCUAUCUUCGUCCGUGUCAAAGUGCUCGACACUCCUGGUCCCGUAGGCGGCCUGGAGGCAACUGACGUCACCAAGACGACAGCUCAACUGUCAUGGCUGCCACCAGAGAAUGACGGUGGCAGCCCAAUUCUCAACUACAUUGUGGAGAAACGGGAGGUGGAUAGGAAGACCUGGACCAAGUGCACAGAGGAACUGAAGAAGACGAGCUUCAAGGUGACCACCAUGUCACCUGGCAUCGAGUACUACUUCAGAGUCACAGCCUGCAACAAAUAUGGCAUUGGUGCUCCACAGGACUCACCAAAGUCCUACCUAGCUGUUGAUCCAAUCAGUGAACCCGACCCUCCGAAGAAGAUGGACGUGUUGGAGAUCACCAAGAACAGUGCCACACUUGGUUGGCUGAAGCCACUCAGAGACGGAGGAGCCAAGAUCAAUGGUUAUGUGGUAGAUUACCAGGAGGAGGGCUCACCAGAAGACAAAUGGACACCUUAUUCUGUGGUCAAAGACCUGACCAUUGUGGUGGUUGGUCUUAAAGAAGGAACGAAGCACAAGUUCAGGGUGGCAGCUAGGAACUCGGUUGGAGUCAGUCUGGCCCGAGAGGCAGAGGGAGUGUUUGAGAUCAAGGAGCAGCUCAUGGCUCCUAAGAUAAUCUUGCCCGACACAGUGACUGUCAGAGCUGGAUCGAAGAUGGUGAUUGAGGCCAUUGUGGCAGGUAAACCUUCUCCCCUCUGCAAAUGGAAGCAGGGCAACGAGGACGUGCUGACAUCCGACCGACUGUCUCUUGUAAAGACACUGACAACCUGCACGCUAAUCGUCAAGAAUGUGAAAAGGAAUGACAGUGGGUACUACAGCUUGUCAGCCGAGAACAGCACUGCCAAGAUCAACCACCUCCUCAAAGUCAUCGUCAUGGACAUUCCCGGACCCCCUGAAGCUCCUCUGAUGAUCACCGAACAGGACAUCGACGCCUGCACGCUGCUGUGGAACUCACCAGAAGAGGACGGCGGCAGCAACAUCACAAACUACAUCGUAGAGAAGUGUGAUGUCAGCCAGGGUGACUGGGUCCCCGUGUCCACAUCCUGCACUAAAACCAGCUUCAGAAUAACCAAACUGACACCUGGCAAAGAGUACGGCUUCCGAGUCCGUGCUGAGAACAGGUUUGGCGUCUCUGAGCCCAUCUACUCUGAGAAGAUGAUCGCUAGACAUCCGUUUGAUGCUCCAAGUGAGCCCAGAAACCUGCAGAUCAACAAGAUCAACAAGGACUUUGUCAUCCUGUCAUGGGAGUGUCCCAGCAGCGAUGGAGGCAGCCCCAUCACCGGAUAUUGCAUUGAAAAGAAGGAGAGGAACAGCCUUCUGUGGAUGAGGGCCAAUGAAUCUGUGGUGAAAUCCACCCAGUACACCUGCGCCAACCUGAUCGAGGGCCUGGAGUACACGUUCAGAGUGUCGGCACUCAACCAGGCUGGACAGGGCAAACCUUGCAAACAGACUGACCUCAUCACUGCCAGGACUGCUAUUGACUCACCAGGCAAACCCGAACCCAUGGAUGUGACCAAGAACUCUGUGUCAUUGGUGUGGAGCCGUCCCAAGCACGAUGGUGGCAGCAAGCUCAUUGGCUACUACAUGGAAUACACAAAGCUUCCAGAGGAGAAGUGGACUCGCUGUAAUGCCAACUGCAUGAACAUCCAGACGGAGAACUAUGUGGUGACCGGCCUGGAAGAGGGCCAACAGUAUCAGUUUAGAGUCAUCGCCAAGACGGCCAUCAACAUAAGCCAGCCUUCAGAGCUGUCUGACCCCAUCCCUGUCAUCGCAGAGAACGUUGCUCCUCGUGUGGAACUGGGUGUCAACAUGAAGAACCUGAUCGUGGUCAAGGCCGGAGAGAACGUCUUGCUGGAUGCUGAGAUAUUCGGCAAGCCACUGCCUAAGGUGAGCUGGAAGAGAAAUGCUGCGCCGCUGGUCCUGACGGAGGGAAUGAAGAUGACCCAGAAGAAACAUCUGCACUUCCUGGAGCUCUACUGUGUCACCAGGAAGGAGUCUGGAGACUACUCUAUCACCGCUGAGAACAUCAAUGGAACCAAGUACGCCACCGUCAAGGUCAAGGUGCUUGACAAACCAGGCCCCCCAGCCUCAGUGAAAAUUACUAAAGUGUUCGCCGACCGUGUUAAGCUGCGGUGGGAGCCCCCGAUUGCAGAUGGCGGCUCUGAGAUCACUAACUACAUCAUCGAGAAGCGUGAGACGAGCAGGGCCAACUGGGCGCUGGUCACCUCCAAUAUCCACGGGCACAUCACCGACUGCUCAGUGGAGAAACUCAUUGAAGGACACGAGUACCAGUUCAAAGUCAGUGCUGAGAACCAGUAUGGUGUGGGAGACUCCAUCAUGGCUGACGCUGUCAUGGUCAAGAACCCAUACGAUGUUCCCGGUCCGUCCGAGCCACCGGUUAUCACCAACAUCACCAAAGACUCCAUGACAGUCAGCUGGAAGGCUCCAGCUAAUGACGGCAAGGCUGCCAUCCUGGGCUACAUGGUGGAGAAACGUGAGGCCACUGAACUGACCUGGGCUAAGGUCAACCGCCGGCCUGUCAUCGACAGGACCAUCAAGGCUUCUCAGCUGACCGAGGGCUCUGAGUAUGAGUUCAGAGUCAUCGCCAUCAACAAGGCCGGUCUUGGCAAACCCAGUGACGCAUCCAACGCUGCGCUUGCUGUCGAUCCCGUCUAUCCUCCCGGCCCACCUGCCUUCCCCAAGGUGGUGGACUCCACCAAGAGCUCCAUCAGCCUGAGCUGGACCAAACCCGCAUACGACGGGGGCUGUGAGAUCAUUGGCUACCUGGUGGAGAGCAAGCGAGCGGAAGCAGAGGAUUGGACCAAGUGCAAUGUCCCAAAAAAGCUCCAGGCUACCAAAUUCCUGGUGACUGGCCUGAUGGACAGCACAGAGUACCAGUUCAGAGUCAUGGCUGUCAACAAGAUCGGCUACAGCGAUCCGAGCGAGGUCCUUGGAAACCACAUGCCCAAGGACAUCCUCAUCGCUCCUGAAGCUGAGCUGGAUGCUGACCUUAGAAAGACUUUGGUUCUUCGAGCCGGUGUCACCAUGAGGCUCUACGUCCCACUGAGAGGACGUCCAGCUCCGAAGGUCACAUGGACAAAGGUUAACGCCAACCUGAAGGAUAGGCAGGGCCUGCUGAUCAAGACGUCAGACUGGGACACCCUACUGAUGAUCGAGGGCAUUAACAGAUACGACGCAGGCAAAUACGUCCUGACGCUGGAGAACAGUAGCGGCUCAAAGAGCUAUACCAUUGUGGUCAAGGUCCUCGAUUCUCCUGGACCACCUGUGAACCUGGUGGUGAAGGAGACCUCCAAAAGCCAUGCCUGCAUUACCUGGGAAGUCCCAAGGAUUGAUGGUGGAAGCCCCGUGAAGAGCUACAUUGUAGAGAAGCGUCUAGCCGAGAGGAAGGCCUGGACCUGCGUGUCAGCAGAGUGCCACAAAAUCUCCUUCAGGAUCACCAACCUGGAGGCGGGACAGGCCUACUGCUUCAGAGUGCUGGCAGAAAACGCAUACGGCAUCGGAGAGGGCUGCGAGACCGCCGGCAGCGUCCGAGCCUCAGAGCAACCUGGUCCAGUGACGGAUUUCAGAGCCCAGAAGACCACCAAGGACUCUAUCAUCCUGGGCUGGAAGAAGCCUAUCAGUGAUGGUGGAAGCUUCAUUACUGCUUACAUCCUGGAGCAGAGUGAGGGCGAGGGGAAGUGGCAGCAGAUCAUGAAGGGCAAGAACACCUCACACACCAUUGGCGAGCUGACUGAGGGCAAGGAGUACUUGUUCAAAGUGACGGCACUCAAUGAGUCCGGUGAGGGACCACCCACCGAGCUCCCCGUUGUCGCCAAGGACCAGUUUGUGCUACCUGACUGCAACUUGAGCAGUUUAUUUGAUGGCUCCUGUGUGGUGAAGGAGGGCAGUACCACGCGUAUUAACAUCCCCAUCAUGGGAGUGCCCCACCCCACAGCCACUUGGAAGAAGGGAGAUCUGGGACUAGGAGACACGGGCCGGAUGUGCGUGGAGGCGUCUCAUGGAGUCACCACCCUGCUGAUCAGAGACUGCCAGCGAGGAGAUGCCGACACUUACACCAUCAAUGUCAGGAACAACGCAGGCUCCAAGGACUGCAAGUUCCUGCUGAAGGUGGUCGGCAAGCCUGGCAUCUGCACCGGACCAAUUAAGUUUGAUGAGAUCACUGCUGAUGGCAUCACCCUGGAGUGGGGACCACCCAAAGAUGAUGGUGGUGCAGAAGUGUCCAACUACAUUGUGGAGAAGAGGAGGACGACAGACAAUAAGUGGACCACGGUGGCUUCGGCCCUCCAGAAGACUACCAUGAGGGUGAUCAGGCUCCAUGACGGAGUAGAGUAUAUCUUCAGAGUCUUCGCUGAGAACAAGUAUGGAGUUGGAGAGCAUCUGAGGUCUGAUCCAGUCAUCGCACAACACCCAUUCAAUGUGCCCGAGGCGCCUGCUCCUCCAGAAAUUGUGAGCAUCCGCCAUGAGUCAGCCAUCUUGACAUGGGCUGAUCCAAAGGACAGUGGUGGUUCCCCAAUUACCGGAUACCAUGUUGAGUUUAAAGAGAGGAACAGUCUGAUGUGGAAACGGGCCACAAAAACUCCUUUGAGAGUGAAGGAGUGCAGAGUCACUGGCCUAAUAGAGGGACUAGAGUAUGAGUUCAGGGUAAUGGCCAUGAACAUUGCCGGCCUAGGAAAGGCAAGCAGGGCCACUGAGGCUGUGGUCGCCCUGGAUCCUAUUGAUCCUCCUGGCAAGCCUGAAGUGAUUAACGUCACCAGGGGCACGGUCACUCUGAUUUGGACUGCUCCCAAAUAUGAUGGCGGCUACAAGCUGACUGGCUAUAUGGUAGAGAAGCUAGAGUCUGGUGGCAAAGCCUGGACGAAGGCCAAUCAUGUCAACAUCCAGGGUUGUGCCUUCACUGUCACAGACCUGUCUGAGGGAUCUCAGUUUCAAUUCAGGAUCAGGGCCAAGAAUUCUGCUGGGGCUGUCAGUGUUCCUUCAGAGUCUACUGACCUUCUGACAUGCAAGGAUGAGUAUGAACCCCCAACCAUUACUAUUGACCCAGACAUUAAGGACGGUGUUUCAGUCAGGGCAGGAGAUACCAUUGUCAUCUCAGCCUCCAAGAUUGUUGGCAAACCUCCACCCACUUCUGUCUGGUCCAAGGGAGGCCGUGAGUUUAAGAACUCUGACAUUGUCACCAUUUCCAGUACCUCCACCUCCUCUACUCUGUCCAUCAAGUACGCAAGCCGGAAGAACACAGGUGAAUACACCAUCACUGCCAGCAAUCCCUUUGGCAUUAAGGAAGAACAUGUAAAAGUGAAGGUCCUGGACGUGCCUGGACCUCCAGGCUCCAUUGAAGCCAGUAACAUUUCAGCUGAGAAAUGUACACUGACCUGGCUUCCACCAGAGGAGGACGGAGGGUGCUCUAUCAAGUCCUACAUCCUUGAGAAGAGAGAGACCAGUCGCCUGCAGUGGACCAAGCUAGCUGAAAAUGUCAUUGACUGCAGAUAUGUAGCCAGCAAAUUGAUCAAGGGCAAUGAGUACAUCUUCAGAGUGUCUGCUCUGAACCAGUAUGGCACUGGAGACUCAAGCCAGUCUGGUCCAGUCAAAAUGGUUGACAGUUUCCGUCCACCAGGCCCACCCUCAAUCCCAGAGAUUGAUAACAUCAUUAGAAAUGCUGUCACCAUUUCAUGGAAGAGACCGGCACAGGAUGGCGGAAGUGACAUCAGGGGAUAUUGUGUAGAGAGGAAAGAGAGGAAAGGAAUGAGAUGGGUGAGAGCAUGUAAGAGGACAGUCCCUGACCUGCGCUUCAAGGUGCAAGGCCUGAGCGAGGGUGUAGAGUAUGAGUUUAGAGUCACUGCAGAGAACAAGGCUGGAUUUGGGGAGCCAAGUGAGCCAUCAUCCCCUGUGAUGACCAAGGACAUUGUGUAUCCACCUGGCCCUCCAUCCAAUCCCAGAAUAACAGACACCACAAAAACAACAGCGACCUUUGCCUGGGGCCGACCCCACUAUGACGGUGGUCUGGAAGUAGAUGGAUAUAUUAUUGAGUACAAAAAGGAGGGCCUUGAUGACUGGGAGACAGAGACACAGUUCCCAUUGAAGGCUACUGAAUACGUAAUUGGUAAACUUCAAAAAGGCGGCAAAUACCACUUCAGAGUCAGUGCUGUAAACUCUGAGGGAGUUGGUGAGCCAGCAGAGGUUGACAAAGUGAUUGAAAUUGUGAACCAGGAAACACUGCCAGACUUUGAGCUGGAUGCUGAACUCAGGAGGACCCUAGUGGUCAGGUGCCGUGCUUCAAUCCGCAUGUUUGUUCCUAUCAGGGGCCGUCCUGUUCCUGAGGUAACAUGGAGCAAAGAUGACACCAACUUGAAAACACGUGCACACAUUGACACCACAGAGUCCUACACUCUACUGGUUAUUCCUGACUGCACUCGAUAUGAUGCUGGAAAGUACCACCUUUGUCUGGAGAAUGUUGCUGGAAAGAAGACAGGCUUUGUUAAUGUGAAAGUUCUCGACACCCCAGGACCACCAGUCCACCUAAAACCUAGAGAGAUCACAAAGAAUACCAUCACUCUCCAGUGGGAAAUUCCCAUAAUUGAUGGUGGUUCAAAGAUUCAUAACUACAUAAUUGAAAAGAGAGAGGCCACUAAGAAGGCCUACACGGUGCUAAGCACCACUUGGCAGAAAUGUUCGUUCAAAUUUACAGACCUUGAGGAGGGAGCUUACUACUACUUCCGUGUCUCUGCUGAGAAUGACCUGGGUGUAGGUGAGCCUGCUGAAACCCCUGAGCCAAUCAGGGUGUCCCAAGCCCCUUCUGCACCAGAGAACUUGUAUGUGACCGAUGUUACCGCUGAUAGUGCCAGCCUUGCAUGGAUCAAGCCCUUGCAUGAUGGUGGGAGCUUGAUCACUGGAUAUGUCAUUGAGGCCCAGAAGAAGGAUACUGACCAGUGGGUGCAUGUGGCCACCAUCAAAGCUCUGGACUACACUGUCACAGAUCUGAUUGAAGGGGCAGAGUAUACUUUCCGCAUCAUGGCUGUCAAUGCAUCAGGUAGGAGUGACCCCCGUGAGAGCAGGCCUGCUGUUAUCAAAGAGCAGACUUCCGCUCCCUCUUUUGACCUACGUGGAGUCUACCAGAAGACAGUCAUUGCUAAGGCAGGGGACCGUGUAAAGGUGGAUAUUCCAGUGCUCGGCAAGCCCAGGCCUGUGGUCUCCUGGAAGAAAGGAGAUGCAGUGCUCAAAGAGACACAAAGAAUAAACACAGAAAUAACACCAACAUCAACUAUCCUCAACAUCAAUGAGAUCAAGAGGACCGAUGGAGGCCAGUAUUCCAUGACUGGAAAGAACAUGCUUGGUACAGUGAUUGAGACAAUCACAGUCCUUGUCCACGACAUUCCAGGUCCUCCCACUGGUCCCAUUAAGCUGGAUGAGGUCUCAUGUGAUUAUGUUCUUAUGUCCUGGGAGGCACCAGAGAAUGAUGGGGGCGUUCCUAUUAACAACUAUAUCGUUGAGAUGCGGGAGACUACCGGUACUUCAUGGAUGGAGUUGGCAGCUACAGUGAUCCGCACCACAUUCAAGGCAGCUAAACUCAGCACUGGAACCCAAUAUCAGUUCCGUGUCAAAGCCCAGAACAGAUAUGGCAUUGGACCAUGCAUUGCCUCUGAGCCAGUGGUGGCUGCCUAUCCAUUUGAUGUACCAGGCCAACCAGGCAUUCCUGUGGUCACAUCUUUCAACAGGGAUGCCAUGACUUUGAGUUGGAACGAGCCAUCGACUGAUGGAGGCAGUGCUAUUAUGGGAUAUCAUGUGGACAGAAAAGAGAAAAACAGCAUUCUGUGGCAGAGGAUCAGCAAAGCUCUUGUUGUUGGAAAUAUCUUCAAAUCAACUGGCCUUGUUGAUGGAAUCGCAUAUGAACACCGUGUUACUGCUGAAAACAUCGCUGGUCUCAGCAAACCAAGCAAACCCUCUGAGACUACUUAUGCGUUGGAUCCAGUGGAUCCACCAGGCAGGCCUGUGGCGCUGAAUAUCACUAGACAUGAGGUGACAGUGUCAUGGACCAAACCAGAGGGAGAUGGUGGGUUUUCUAUCACAGGAUACACAGUGGAGAGGAGAGAGAUGCCCAGUGGACGCUGGCUCAAAGCCAAUUUCAACAACAUCCUAGAAACCAUCUACACAGUCAGUGGUCUGAAUGAAGAUGCCACCUAUGAAUUCCGUGUGUUCGCUAGAAACUCAGCUGGUGCUGUCAGUGCUCCAUCCCAGCCAUCAGAGGCAAUCAUGUGCAGAGAUGACAUCGAAGAGCCCAGGCUUGAUGUUGAUGCAUCAUAUAGCAGCAAUGUUGUUGUCAUGGCAGGUGAGGUAUUCAAGCUGGAAGCCAAUGUGAUUGGCAGGCCAAUCCCAUCUCUGGUAUGGACGAAGGAAGGAAAGGAGCUUGAGGAUACAGCCAAGAUAGAGAUUAAGACAUAUGACUUCCACACAACUCUGAUAAACAAAGAUUCCCUGAGGAGAGAUGGUGGUGCAUUUACUCUGACUGCCAGCAAUCCAGGUGGUUUUGCCAAGUUCACAUUCAAUGUCAAGGUGCUCGACAGACCUGGACCACCAGACUCCUUCUCUGUAACUGAUGUCACUGCUGAAAAAUGUGUCCUUAACUGGCUGCAUCCAACACACGAUGGUGGUGCCAAGAUCGAGUACUUUAUCAUUCAGAAGCGUGAGACCAGUAGGUUGGCAUGGACAAAUGUGGCUACAGACCUUCAAGCAAAUAGAUUAAAGGUCACCAAACUUCUGAAGGGCAAUGAGUACAUCUUCAGAGUCAUGGCUGUUAAUAAGUUUGGUGAAGGCGAAUCCCUCGAGUCUGAACCUAUAACCUGUGCCAAUCCCUAUGUUCCCAGUGAUGCACCACAGCAGCCUGAAGUCACCACCAUUACCAAGGACUCAAUGGUUGUCUGCUGGGAGCGCCCUGAACAUGAUGGAGGCAGCAGAAUAAACACCUACAUAAUUGAGAGAAGGGAUAAGACUGGCAUGCGUUGGGUAAAGUGCAACAAGAGGACUGUAACUGACUUGCGAUUCAAGGCAUCCGGACUCACACCAGGACACGAGUAUGAAUUCAGAAUUCUUGCUGAGAACAAUGCUGGUCUUAGCCAGCCUAGUCCUUCCAGUCCAUUCUACAAAGCCAUAGACACCAUCUUCCAGCCUGGACCUCCAGGGAACCCCAGAGUCCUGGACACAACCAAGUCUUCAAUCACCCUUGCCUGGAACAAGCCUGUCUACGAUGGUGGUUCUGAAAUCACUGGUUACAUUGUGGAGACCUGUCUGCCUGAAGAAGAUGAGUGGACAAUUCACACUCCCAAAAAGGGAUGGACAGCCACUUCCUUCACCAUCACCAACUUAAAGGAAAAUCAAGAUUAUAAAAUCAACAUCUGUGCCACUAAUUGUGAGGGAGUGGGAGAGCCUGCUGCUGUUCCUGGAACCCCCAAGGCUGAAGACAGACUACUUCCUCCAGAAAUUGAACUUGGAGCAGAUCUACGUAAGGUGGUCAGCAUCAGAGCCUGCAGCACACUUAGACUAUUUGUUCCUAUAAAGGGCAGACCAGCACCUGAAGUAAAAUGGUCAAGAGAGCACGGAGUCUCCCUGGACAAAGCUAAUAUUGAAAUCACCCCAUCAUUCACCACUCUUCAGGUAGACAAUGUUGACAGGUUUGAUGGAGGUAAAUACAUGGUCACGGUGGAGAAUGCCUCAGGAAGCAAGACAGCGUUUGUUAAUGUCAGAGUGCUAGAUAGUCCUGGAGCACCUCAGAAUCUAAUGAUCAAGGAGGUCACUAGAGAUUCAGUUUCCCUUGUUUGGGAUGCACCUCUCAUUGAUGGUGGCUCCAGAGUCCGCAACUACAUUGUAGAGAAGCGUGAAUCAACCAGAAAGGCCUACUCAACUGUCUGUGCAAGCUGCCAUAAGUCAAGUUGGAAAGUUGGAGACCUGGACGAAGGAAAGAUGUACUUCUUUAGAAUUCUGGCUGAGAACGAAUAUGGCAUUGGUCUCCCAGUAGAGACUGGUGAUCCAAUUAAAGUGUCAGAGAAGCCUCUACCACCAGGUAAAGUGUCUCUUCGUGAAGUUACUGGCAACAGUGUCACACUAAGUUGGGAAAAGCCUGACUAUGAUGGUGGCAGUAGAAUCACUGGUUAUAUUGUUGAGAUGCAAAGGAAAGGCAGUGAGAAGUGGACCCAGGUUAUGGUGGUGAAGACCAAUGAGGCUCUUGUAACUGGUCUUACACAGGGAGAGGAGUACAUUUUCCGUAUCUCAGCCACCAAUGAAAAGGGAAUCAGUGACCCACGUGCUCUCAGUGUGCCUGUGGUAGCAAAAGAUCUUGUAAUUUCACCAACCUUCAAACUGCUUUUUGGCACAUUCAGUGUGCUUGCAGGAGAUGACCUGAAAAUAGAUGUACCAUAUGCUGCCUGUCCUAGGGCCACAGCAACUUGGCUCAAAGAUGGUGUUGUCCUCAAAGAGACAACAAGAGUAAAUGCUGAAGCCACAGACCAAAACCAUCUCCUCAUCAUUAAGGAGGCUUGUAGAGAUGAUGUGGGGAUAUACACUAUCAAACUAACCAACACAGCUGGAGAGGCAUCCACAGACAUAAGUGUUGCUGUUCUAGAUAGGCCUGGUCCUCCCACUGGCCCAAUUAAGUUGGAUGAGGUCACUGCUGACAGCCUGGUCUUGUCCUGGAAUCCACCAGAGUAUGAUGGUGGUUGCACCAUUAAUAAUUACAUUGUUGAGAAGAGAGACACAUCUACCAUUAACUGGCAAAUUGUGUCAGCUACUGUGGCCAGAACCACUAUCAAGGCUGCCCGUCUGAAGACUGGAUGUGAGUACCAGUUCAGAAUUGCUGCAGAGAAUAGAUAUGGCAAGUCCUCAGCCCUACUCUCUGAUACCAUUGUCGCUCAGUAUCCAUUUGAAGUUCCAAGCUCACCACGUUCUGUUGUCGUUCAGUCCGCCACCAAGGAAAGCAUGGUGGUUGUAUGGGAGAAACCCAGCAAUGAUGGUGGAAGCAAAAUUAUGGGCUAUCACUUAGAGCUCAAAGAGAGAAACAGUAUAAUGUGGGCGAAACAGAACAAACAACUAAUCCCAGACACUAGAUUCAAGGUUGUUGGCCUUGAGGAGGGUAUUGAAUAUGAGUUUAGAGUCUAUGCUGAGAACAUUGUUGGCAUUAGCAAAGCUAGCAAACUGAGUGAAAUGCAAGUUGCAAGAGAUCCUUGUGACAGACCAGGAAAACCAGAGGCUGUUAUUGUGACAAGAAACCAAGUGACACUCAGAUGGACCAAACCUGAGUAUGAUGGUGGCAUCAAGAUCACAGGUUAUGUGGUUGAGAAGAAGCAGGGAGCUGGCCGCUGGAUGAAGGCCAGUUUCGCAAACAUCAUUGAGACAGAAUUUGUUGUUACAGGACUCACUGAAGAUGAGAUUUAUGAGUUCCGUGUCAUUGCCAGGAAUGCAGCAGGUGUAUUCAGUCAGCCCUCUGAUUCUACUGGAGCCAUCACUGCCAAGGAUGAGGUGGAUCCACCCAAGAUUGACUUGGAAGCUAAGUACUCCCAGGCUGUGGUGGUAAAUGCUGGGGAGACAUUCAGGCUUGAGGCUGCUGUCUAUGGUAAACCUGUGCCGACAAUACACUGGCUGAAGGAGGGUCAGGAGAUUACUGAAGCAGCUCGCCUAGAGCUAAAGAACACAGACUUUACUGCUUGCAUAGUUGUUAAAGAAGCCAUCCGUGUUGAUGGAGGUCAGUACACUUUGCUGGUAAAGAAUGUUGGAGGAGAGAAAUCUAUUAACAUUCAUGUCAAGGUCCUGGACAGACCAGGUCCCCCUGAGGGCCCCAUCUCCAUCUAUGGGGUCACUAAUGAGAAAUGCUCGAUUUCCUGGAAAUCUCCCUUGCAAGAUGGAGGUAGCGAUGUUUCCCAUUAUAUUGUUGAGAGGAGGGAAACCAGCAGACUGGUUUGGACUGUAGUUGAACUGAAAGUUCAGACACUGAACCUGAAAAUCACUAAACUUCUCCCUGGUAAUGAGUACAUAUUCAGAGUGAUUCCAGUCAACAAGUAUGGAGUUGGUGAGCCUCUGGAAUCUGAGUCGAUGAUUGCCAGAAAUCCAUUUGUCACUCCCAACCCACCAACAGAGGUAGAAGUUACCACAAUCACCAAAGACUCCAUGGUUUUGACCUGGGAGAGACCAACUAAUGAUGGUGGUAGUCCCAUCCAGGGAUAUGUUGUUGAGAAACGUGACAAAGAUGGGGUGAGAUGGACUAGGUGCAACAAGCGAACAGUGAGUGAGCUGCGCUUCAGAGUGACAGGGCUCCUAGAAAAUCAUAGCUAUGAAUUCAGAGUUUCUGCUGAGAAUGCUGCAGGUGUUGGCACACCUAGUGCACCAACAGUGUACUACAAAGCAUUGGAUCCUAUCUUCAAACCAGGCCCACCAAACAACCCCAAGGUGGUCGACACAUCUAGGUCCACUGUUUCCCUGACAUGGGGCAAACCAAUCUAUGAUGGUGGAUGUGAGAUUCAAGCUUACAUUGUGGAGGCCUGCAAUGGGGCGUCUGAUGAGUGGUUUAUGUGCACUCCUCCCACUGGAAUCACAGAUACUAAGUUUACAGUGAAAAGGCUUCUGGAGAAGCAUGAGUACCAGUUCAGAGUGUGUGCCAUCAACAAAGUUGGUGUUGGUGAGCAUGCUGAUGUUCCAGGAAAAAUUAUCUUAGAGGAGAAGCUUGAGGCUCCUGAUCUUGACCUGGAUGCUGAUAUGAGAAAGAUGAUCAACAUUAGGGCAGCAAGCACUCUCAGGCUGUUUGUUCCUGUGAGAGGUCGUCCAGCUCCUGAGGUGAAAUGGGGUAAGGCUGAGGGUGAAAUUAAGGAGACUGCCCAGAUUGACAAUACAGGCAGUUAUGCUUCACUUGUCAUUGAGAAUGUUGACAGAUUUGACAGUGGAAAGUACACUCUGACUGCAGAGAAUGCCAGUGGAGUGAAGUCAGUCUUCAUUAGUGUGAGGGUCAUGGACUCACCUAGUCCACCAGCUAACUUCAUGGUGAAAGAGAUAACCAAAAAUUCUAUCACUCUUACAUGGGAACCUCCACUUCUGGAUGGUGGCUCAAAGAUUAAGCAUUACAUUCUUGAGAAGCGUGAGAGCACCAGGAAAGUUUACUCUCCCAUCACCACCUGCAAUAGGAUGUCAUGGAAAGUUGAGCCUCUUCCAGAGGGUGGAAUCUUCUUCUUCAGAGUCCUGGCUGAGAAUGAAUAUGGUGUUGGUCUUCCUGCUAAGACUAUAGAACCAAUUAAGAUAUCUGAGAAGCCUCAGCCACCUGGUAAAGUCAGUGUUAUUGAUGUUACUCAUAGCACUGUAAGUCUCACCUGGGAGAAGCCACAACAUGAUGGCGGCAGUAGAAUCAGUGUCUAUGAAGUCGAACUGUCACAUAAGGGCAGUGAGGUUUGGUCAAUUUGUGCUAGUGUGAGAGCACUGGAGACUGUAGUGACAAAUCUACUCAAGGGUGAGGAGUAUAAUUUCAGAGUUGUAGCUGUAAAUGACAAGGGCAAAAGUGACCCCAGACAACUGGCUCACUCAGUUUUAGCAAAGGACCUUGUGAUUGAGCCUGCUGUUAGACCAAAAGUGAGCACUUACAGUGUCCAGGUGGGGUAUGACCUCAAGAUAGAGGUCCCAGUUGCUGGUCAUCCAAAGCCAACCAUAACCUGGACCAAGGAUGGUGCUGCUCUUAAGCAGACCACCAGGGUUAAUGUUACUGACUCAACACACCACACCACCCUCACCAUAAAGGAUGCCACCAAAGAGGAUGGGGGCAUGUACAGCAUCAAUAUCUCCAAUACUCUGGGUUCCAAAGAUGCCACUGUUGAGGUGAUCACCCUGGACAAACCAGGCCCACCAACAGGGCCUGUCAGGUUGGAAGACAUAAGUGCUGAGAGUAUCACUCUUAACUGGGAACCUCCUACAUACACAGGUGGCUGCCCAAUCUCCAACUAUGUGGUGGAGAAGAGAGACACCACAACAAUCAACUGGGUGGUUGUAUCUGCCACUAUCGCCAGAACCACACUAAAAGUGGCAAAUCUAAAGACGGGUGCUGAAUAUCAGUUCAGAAUCUAUGCUGAGAAUAGAUAUGGAAAAAGCUAUGCAAUUGAUUCAGAGCCUGUUUUGGCACAGUAUCCUUUCCAUGAGCCUGGACCCCCAGGAACACCAUGUGUGUCUUCAUACACUAAAGACUUUAUGGUGGUUGAGUGGCACAAACCCCCAUCAGAUGGAGGCAGUGCCAUUUUGGGUUACCAUCUGGAGAGGAAAGAGAAGAACAGUAUCCUCUGGACUAAGAUUAACAAAAUGCUCGUCCAAGACUGCAGAUUUAAAUCUACUCCUCUUGAGGAAGGCAUUGAGUAUGAGUACAGAGUCUAUGCUGAGAAUAUUGUUGGCAUUGGAAAAUGCAGCAAAGUCUCUGAAGUUUACGUAGCCCGUGACCCAUGUGAUCCUCCUGGCCGUCCUGAGGGUGUGAUUGUGACCAGGCACUCUGUGAAGCUGAGGUGGGCCCCUCCACAGUAUGAUGGUGGAAGCUUAGUAACUGGCUAUGUAGUGGAGAAACGUGACCUUCCUGAAGGAAAGUGGAUGAAGGCUAGUUUUGCAAACAUCCUUGAACAUGAAUUCACCGUUACUGGCCUGACAGAAGAAAAUAAAUAUGACUUCAGAGUAAUAGCAAGGAAUGCAGCUGGUGCUGUCAGCAAGCCAUCUGAGUGCACAGGAUCCAUAACAGCCAAGGAUGAAGUUGAACCACCAAAGUGUGAAACAGAUCCUAUGUACAACCAGGCCAUUGUUAUUAACGCUGGAGAGACUUUCAAUCUGGAGGCCACUGUGGAGGGAAAGCCCAUCCCCACUGCUCAGUGGUUCAAGGGAAAUGUUGAAGUUGAAAACUCAGCAAGGGCUGAGAUUAAAAACACAGAUUUUAAGGCUUUGCUUGUUGUUAAAGAUGCCAUCAGAGUGGAUGGUGGACAGUACACACUGGUUCUGACUAAUGUGGCUGGAACUAAGACUAUCCCAUUCAGUGUGAAGGUACUGGACAGACCGGGCCCCUCAGAAGGACCUCUUAAUGUCAGCAACGUUACUGAGGAGAAGUGCUCACUGUCAUGGCUGCCACCCAGGCAUGAUGGAGGAGCUAGCAUUUCUUACUACGUCAUUCAGAAGCGAGAAACCAGCCGUCUGGCAUGGACUGUGGUGUCCAGUGACUGUGGAGCUACCAUGCUCAAGGUAACUAAACUGUUGAAAGGCAAUGAAUACAUCUUCAGAGUCAUGGCUGUCAACAAAUAUGGUGUGGGCGAGCCUCUUGAGUCAGUGUCAGUUAUCAUGAGAAAUCCAUUUGUUCCUCCUGGCUCACCUCAGGAGCUUGAGAUCACUAACAUUACUAGGGACUCCAUGACUGUCUGCUGGAACCGCCCCGAGACCACAGGAGGCAGUGAGAUUGUUGGUUAUAUUAUUGAGAAGAGAGACAGAGCUGGAGUGAGGUGGACCAAGUGCAACAAACGCAGGGUGACAGACUUGCGUUUUAGAGUAACAGGAUUAACUGAGGACCAUGAAUAUGAAUUCAAAGUAUCUGCUGAGAAUGCAGCUGGUGUAGGUCAGUCAAGCCCACCUACACCAUACCUCAAAGCCUGUGACCCAACAUUUGAACCUGGCAUUCCCACCAAUGCUCACGUGCUCGACACAACUAAAGACUCCGUCAGCCUGACCUGGCAUAGGCCCAUCUAUGAUGGUGGUUGUGAGAUUCAAGGAUACGCUGUGGAAAUUACGAAAGCUGAGGAAGAGGAAUGGACCAUAUGCACCCCACCUUCUGGAGUUAAUGCUACCAAAUUUACUAUCACUAAGUUGAUAGAGCACCAGGAAUAUAAGGUUCGCAUCUGUGCCAUCAAUAAACUUGGUGUUGGUGAGCCCACCGAUAUCCAAGGAGUUGUGAAGCCUGUGGAUAAGAUUGAUCCUCCAGAGAUGAUUCUGGAUUCAGAACUCAGGAAGGGAAUAGUUGUCCGUGCAGGUGGCUCAAUGAAAAUCUGUAUUCCAUUCAAGGGCCGUCCUACUCCUGAGAUCAGCUGGGCCAAGGAGGAUGGUGAACUGCCCAGUAAAGUUCAGAUAGAGACUGCAGAAGAUUAUACACAGAUCUCAGUUGACAUAUGUGACAGAUAUGAUGCUGGAAAAUACAUUGUCAACAUGGAAAAUACCGCAGGCACCAAAUCAGCCUUUGUAUCCGUGAAGGUUUUGGACACUCCAGGGGCCCCUAUGAAUUUAGCUGUAAAAGACAUCAAGAGAGAAAGUGUUACUUUGACCUGGGAGCCUCCUCUUAUUGAUGGUGGUGCAAGAAUAAAGAAUUACCUUGUUGAAAAGCGAGAGUCCACCAGGAAGGUUUAUUCUAAUGUGGAUAACAAGUGCACAAAGACAAGCUACCGUAUCACUGGCCUCACUGAAGGAACUAUCUACUAUUUCAGAGUCUUAGCUGAGAACGAGUUUGGCCUGGGACAGCCGGCCGAGACAGGGGAUUCAGUUAAGACAUCUGAGCCUCCUCUGGCUGUGGGUAAGGUCACUUUGACUGAGGUGACCAAAACCACUGCUUCACUCUCCUGGGAGAAGCCAGACCAUGAUGGAGGCAGCAGGAUCAUGGGCUACUACAUUGAGAUGCAGCCUGUGGGCUCAGAGGAAUGGGUGGUGGCAGCUACAACCAAAACUUGUGAGGGCACAGUCACAGGCCUCAGCGCAGGGCAUGAGUAUCUGUUUAGAGUGACAGCUUUCAAUGAGAAGGGCAAGAGUGACCCCAGGCCCCUGGCUGCACCAGUCACUGCUAAAGAUGUAACUUUCAAGCCCAGAUUUAAGAUGGCAUUCAACACUUAUAGUUUACAGCAGGGUGAGGAUCUGAAGAUCGAGAUUCCAGUACUAGGACGCCCUGUUCCCAAGGUUGAGUGGAAAAAAGAUGGACAAGCGCUUAAGGAGACAACCAGACUAAAUGUAUCUGGCACACCAUCAAUUACUAAGCUGUGCAUCAAGGAUGCAAAUAAGGACGACUCUGGCAAAUACACUGUCACAGCCACAAGCAAUGUUGGAACGACUACAGAGGAGAUUACUGUUAUUAUUCUUGAUAAGCCUGGCCCACCCACAGGCCCUGUUAAGAUUGAGGAGGUGAGCUCUAAUUAUGUCAAUCUCUCCUGGGAGCCACCAGAGUACACUGGAGGCUGUCAAAUCAACAACUAUAUUGUAGAGAAGAGAGACACUACCACGACAGCAUGGCAGAUUGUGUCUGCUACUAUUGCAAGAACAACCAUCAAAGUCACCAAUUUAAAGACUGGAGUAGAGUAUCAAUUCAGAGUGUCUGCUGAGAAUAGGUAUGGAAAGAGUUCUGCCAUUGUCUCUCCCAAUGUUAUUGCUCAGUAUCCAUUCAGUGAGCCUGCUGCCCCAGGAAUGCCAGUUAUUUCUGCUGCAACCAAGGAUAAUAUGGUUGUUGAGUGGAAGCCUCCCACCAACAACGGAGGCAGUCCUAUCCUAGGCUAUCACCUUGAGAGGAAGGAGAAGAACAGCAUCUUGUGGUCAAAACUCAACAAACUUCUAAUCCCAGACACACGUUUCAAGACUACAGAACUUGAAGAAGGUAUUGAGUAUGAAUUCAGAGUUUAUGCUGAGAAUAUUGCUGGAAUCAGCCCUGCUAGCAAGGUCUCUGAGAGCACAGUUGCCAGGGACCCCUGUGACCCACCAGGCACUCCAGAGGCUAUUGAAAUCACCAGAAACCAAGUGACACUCCAGUGGACCAGGCCUCAGUAUGAUGGAGGUAGUACAAUCACUGGCUAUAUUAUUGAGAGGAGAAAGCACCCAGAUACCCGCUGGAUGAAGGCCAGCUACACCAACAUCAUUUAUACCCAGUACACUCUCACUGGCCUGACUGAGGAUUGUGUGUACGAGUUCAGAGUCAUUGCCAGGAAUGCUGCUGGCAUUUCCAGCCGUCCUUCUCAGAGCACAGGAGAAAUAACUGCCAAAGAUGAAAUUGAGGCUCCAGGAGCCACCAUGGAUUCUAAAUUCAAGGAUUUGACUGUUGUUCAUGCUGAUGAAACAUUCAUCAUUGAUGCUGACUACACGGGAAAGCCUCUGCCUGAGGUCAUUUGGUUAAAGGACGGAAAGGAGAUUGACAACGCCACACAACGAAUGGAGGUCAAAACUACACUCACACAUACCAUCCUGACAGUAAAGGACUGCAUUAGAGUUGAUGGAGGCCACUUUGUCCUCAAACUUGUCAAUGUGGGAGGAGUUAAGAUGAUCCCAGUUAAUGUUAAAGUUCUGGAUAGACCUGGUCCUCCAGAUGGCCCGCUAGAAGUGAAAGGGGUCACAGCUGAGAAAUGUUAUCUGCACUGGAACCAUCCUUCACAUGAUGGUGGAGCCAGCAUCUCUCACUAUAUCAUUGAGAAGAGAGAGACCAGUCGUUUGUCAUGGACUAUAGUUGAGCCAAAAAUCCAGGCCAUCAGCUACAAAAUCACAAAACUGUUGCCUGGUAAUGAAUACAUCUUCAGAGUUACUGCUGUUAACAAAUAUGGUGUUGGGGAACCUUUGGAAUCUGAGCCUGUUAUUGCUCGUAACCCCUUCACCACUGCCAGUGCCCCCUCCACCCUAGAGGCCGGAGCAAUCACAAGGGACUCUAUUGUGCUUACCUGGGAGAGGCCAGAGGAUAAUGGAGGAGCUGAGAUUGAAGGAUAUAUCCUUGAAAAACGUGAUAAGGAUGGCAUCAGAUGGAGUAAAUGCAACAAGAAGAGACUGAGUGACCUGAGAUUCAGAUGCACUGGCCUCGCUGAGGGUCACUCAUAUGAAUUCAGGGUCUCAGCUGAAAAUGCUGCUGGUGUGGGAAAACCUAGUGCACCAACUCAAUACAUCAAGGCAUGUGAUGCCACUUAUCCGCCAGGAGCUCCAAAUAACCCAAAAGUCACAGACAUUUCAAGCACCUCAGUGUCCCUCUCCUGGACCAGGCCUAUCUAUGAUGGUGGGGCACAGAUCUGUGGAUACACUGUUGAAAUGAAGGAGGCAGCAGAUGAUGAGUGGAUCAUUUGCACACCACACACUGGUGUCCAAGUUACUCACUACACUGUAAAGAAACUGAAGGAGAAUGCAGAGUACAACUUCCGCAUCUGUGCUGUCAACUGUGAGGGGGUAGGGGAGCAUGUUGACAUUCCUGGGUCUGUGUUCGCUGUUGAGAAGCUGGAAGCUCCUGAAAUUGAACUAGAUGCUGACCUAAGGAAGAUGGUCAAUGUCCGUGCCACUGCUAACCUCCGUCUGUUUGUGACAAUCAGGGGAAAGCCUGAGCCUGAGGUCAGAUGGUCAAAGGCUGAUGGCACUCUAAAUGAGCGUGCCCAGAUUGAAGUCACAAGCAGUUACACAAUGCUGGUGAUUGAGAAUGUUGACAGAUUUGACACUGGCAAAUAUGUACUCACACUUGAGAACCUCAGUGGCUCUAAAUCAGCCUUCAUCAAUGUUCGAGUUCUGGACUCCCCCAGUGCUCCUACCAACUUAGAGGUUAAGGAUGUAAAGAGAAAUUCUGUCUCCCUCUCUUGGGAGUCACCUUUAAUUGAUGGUGGGGCUAAGAUAUCACACUAUAUUGUGGAGAAGAGAGAGCAGAAGAGAAUGGCUUUCACCAGUGUUUCCAUCAACUGUGUGAGGAACUCGUACAUUAUUUCCGAUCUGCAGGAGGGAGGCCGAUACUAUUUCCGUGUAUUGGCUGUAAAUGAGCUUGGAGUAGGCUUGCCCGCCUCCACAGAUCAAGUCAAGGUAUCACAGGCUCCUUUGCCUCCCGGUAAGAUUGUCUUGGUUGACGUAAGUCGUCAUACUGUCACCCUCUCUUGGGAGAAACCUGAUCAUGAUGGAGGCAGCAAGAUUACAAACUAUAUUGUGGAGAUGCAGCCCAAGGGCGAUGACAAAUGGACCGUUUGCAGUGAAGUCAAAAUACUUGAAGUUACUAUUGAGGGACUUACAACUGGAGAGGAAUACUCCUUCAGGGUUACUGCUGUGAAUGAUAAAGGAAAGAGUGAUGCCAAACCUCUGGCUGCCCCUGUGGUGGUGAAGGACAUCACAGUAGAGCCCACUAUCAACCUGUUGUUCAACACAUACAGUGUCAAAGCAGGUGAUGACUUGAAGAUUGAUGUUCCCUUCAGAGGCAGACCUCAGCCAGAGGUGUCCUGGAAGAAAGAUGGCCAUACGCUUAAGCAGACAACCAGGGUCAAUGUUCUUAACUCAAAUACCUCAUCCAAAAUUCUCAUCAAGGAUGCAACCAAAGAUGAUGUAGGAAAGUAUGAAAUUACUUUGACUAACUCAGUUGGCACCAGGACAGCUGAUGUCUCUGUCAUAAUCCUGGACAAACCCGGUCCACCUAGCAACAUUAAGAUGGAUGAGGUGAGUGCUGACUUCAUCUGUCUGUCUUGGGAUCCUCCAACCUAUGAUGGUGGAUGUCAGAUUAAUAACUAUGUGGUGGAGAAGAGAGACACUACCACAACAACAUGGCAAAUUGUCUCAGCCACUGUAGCCAGGACAUCAAUUAAGGUGUCUCGUCUCACUCAGGGAAUAGAGUACCAGUUCCGCAUUGCAGCUGAGAACCGUUAUGGCAAGAGUCAUGCUAUUGACUCUGCUCCUGUUGUUGCUCAGUAUCCCUUCGAGCCUCCUGGCCCUCCUACCAACCUCCAUGUUUCCAAUGCCACCAAGACUGGCAUGCUUGUGGUAUGGGGCAGACCUGCUAGUGAUGGGGGAAGCCCUGUUACUGGUUAUCACAUUGAAUGCAAAGACCAAAGCAGCAUUCUGUGGACUAAGGUCAACAGAGGACUGCUGGCUGAGAACCAGUUUAAGAUGACAGGCAUUGAAGAAGGUCUGCUGUAUCAGUUCAGAGUGUACGCUGAAAAUAUUGCUGGCAUUGGUACAUCCUCUAAGGUCAGUGACCCUGUGGCAGCCAGAGAUCCAUGUGAACCUCCACAUAACCUUAGAGUCACCAACAUUACCAGGACCUCAGUUUCUCUCUUCUGGGAGAGGCCAGAGUAUGAUUUUGGAGCAAAGAUUACUGGCUACAUUGUUGAACGUAAAGAACUUCCCAAUGGUCGUUGGCUGAAAUGCAACUUCAACAACCUGCAGGACACCUACUUUGAUGUCACAGGCCUCACAGAAGAUGUCCAAUAUGACUUCCAUGUUGUUGCUAAGAAUUCUGCAGAGCAGUUAAGUGCUCCUUCAGAGAACACUGGUCCAGUUACUGUAAAGGAUGAUGUGGACCCUCCGACUAUUAUCCUGGAAGACAAGCUCAGACAGCUGGUUGUCAUUAAAGCUGGAGAGAUCAUUAGAAUUGAUGCUGAAAUCACAGGCCGUCCACUCCCAGUUGUCUCGUGGUUUAAGGAUGGAAAGGAGAUUGUGGCCAAGGCCAGGUGUGAAAUAACCACCACCAAUUUCGCAACCACCCUGAUUGUCAGAGAUGCUAUCAGAAAAGACUCUGGCCAAUAUGUCCUGACCCUGCACAAUGUGGCAGGAACCAGGUCUGUUGCUAUCAACUGUAAAGUUUUGGAUAGACCUGGACCAUCUUCAGGACCUUUGGCAGUGUCUGGGCUCACAGCAGAGAAAUGCACUGUAACAUGGGGACCCCCUCAGGAGAACGGUGGUGCUGAAAUUAUGCACUACGUUGUGGAGAAACGUGAAACAAGUCGCCUUGCCUGGACUCUUGUCUAUGGAGACAUGAAGGCAACUACAUGCAAAGUAACAAAGCUGCUCAAAGGAAAUGAGUACAUCUUCAGAGUCAGGGGAGUCAACAAAUAUGGGGAUGGUGAGGCCCUUGAGAGUGAGCCAGUAAAGGCCAUUGAUCCAUUUACAGUGGCCGCAGCUCCCACUAAUGUCCAGGUCACCGCAGUUACUAGUGAGGCCAUGACCAUCUGUUGGGAAAGACCCAUUUCUGACGGUGGCAGCAGUAUCUCUGGCUAUGUCAUUGAAAAACGAGAGAAGACUGGUCUUCGAUGGUGCCGUGUAAACAAGAAGCCUGUUUAUGACCUGCGGGUCAAGGCCUCACGCCUUCGUGAGGGCUGUGAGUAUGAGUACAGAGUAUUUGCAGAGAAUGCUGCUGGCCUGAGUGCUUCUAGCACCCCUUGCCCACUCACCAAGGCUGAAGACCCACAGUUCCUGCCUUCACCUCCUGCUAAGCCUAAGAUCAUUGACUCUACAAAGACCACAGCCACCCUGUCAUGGAAUAAGCCACUAUUUGAUGGUGGAGCACCUGUGACCGGUUACAGAGUACAAUAUAGGAAGACUUUAGAUGAUGAAUGGUUUGUUGGUGUCCAGAACACCAAGAACACAGAGUUUACAUUGGUGGGGUUGACACCUGGGGCUGAAUAUGUGUUUGUUGUUAAGUCCAUUAACAAGAUUGGAGUCAGUGAUCCCAGUCCUGAGUCAGACAAACAGGUUGCCAAAGAAAGAGAGGAGGAGCCAGUCUUUGACAUCAGUAAUGAGAUGAGGAAAACUCUUAUUGUGAAGGAUGGUAGCUCAUUCACCAUGACAGUGCCCUUCAGAGGAAAACCCAUCCCCAGUGUUUCGUGGGCUAAAUCUGACGUUGACCUUAGAGUUCGUGCUGUCAUUGACACCACAGACACCUUCACCUCCAUCACCUUAGAGAAAGCAACACGAAACGACUCUGGCAAAUACACAGUCACCUUGUCUAGUGUAGCUGGAACCUCCUCCUUGACACUCAAUGUCAGAGUUCUGGACUCUCCUGGAGCUCCUGCCUGUGUGGAAGUCAAGGAUGUGACUAAGACCUCUGCUAUUGUAACAUGGGACACUCCUGAAAAUGAGGGAGGAGGACCUGUCAAGAACUACCUUGUUGAUUUCCGUGAGGCCAGCAAGAAAGGCUGGACUAGGUUGACUGACACAUGCCACAGACUGACAUACAAGGUGACAGACCUGCAGGAGGGAGGAGUUUAUUACUUCAGAGUGACAGGCCAGAAUGAGUACGGUGUUGGUGUUCCUGCUGAGACGAAAGAAGGAACCAAGAUCUCAGAAAAACCAAGCCCCCCACCAAAGCUUGGUUUGACUGAUGUGCUAAAGGAGAGUGUGUCCCUGGCCUGGGCCAAACCAGAACAAGAUGGAGGCAGCAGAAUUACUGGUUACCUAGUGGAAGCUCUGGAGAAAGGCCAGGAGAACUGGGUCAAGUGUGGUGUGACCAAGUCCACCCACCUCACAGUGUCUGGUCUGAGAGAGAAUGCCGAGUACUUCUUUAGGGUCAGAGCCGAGAACCAUGCUGGAUUCAGUGAUGUUAAAGAAAUGGUCAACCCUGUCGCAGUCAAAGACCAGAUUGAAUCUCCUGAGAUCGACAUGAAGGACUUCCCUCACAACACAGUGUAUGUCAGAGCCGGCUCUUCCCUUAAGUGUGAGAUCCCACUGAAGGGCCAGCCUUUACCUAAAGUCUCCCUGUCCAAGGAUAACGUGCUGCUCAAGUCAACAAUGAGGUUCAACUCUGAAGUCACCACUGACAGCAUCAGGAUCACUUUACGUGAGAGCAUCGCUGGAGACUCGGGACGGUAUGACAUCACUGCCUCAAACUCCAGCGGAACCACCAAGUCUUUUGUAAACAUUGUGGUUCAGGACCGUCCUAGUGCCCCACUUGGACCUGUGGAGCUGUUUGACGUCACAGAAGACAGCGUUAGCUUGAACUGGCUCCCACCGGCUUAUGAUGGUGGCAGCCCCAUCAAUAACUACAUUAUCCAAAAGAGAGAGACAACCACCUCCAACUGGAUAGACGUCUCUUCUGCUGUGGCUCGCUGCACCAUGAAAAUUAUGAAGCUGACCACUGGCCUGGAGUACCAGUUCAGAAUCAGGGCUGAGAACAGAUAUGGAAUCAGCGAGCACAUUGACUCACCAACUGUCACUGUCAGCCUUCCUUACACUAUUCCUGAUGCUCCAUCGACUCCAGAGAUCACUUCUGUAACUAGAGAGACCAUUACUGUAGCCUGGACAGAGCCCAAGUCAGAUGGCGGCAGCCAUGUGUUUGGCUACCAUCUCCAUAUGAAAGACAAAAACAGCAUCCUUUGGCAGACGGUCAACAAGAUGGUGAUCCGUGCCACACAUUUCAAGGUCAACAAUAUCAGUGCUGGACUUAUUUAUGAGUUCAAGGUGGUAGCAGAGAAUGCUGCUGGAAUCAGUGCCUUCAGCAAGGUUUCUGAUGCAGUGCUGGCUAUUGAUGCUUGUGAACCACCCAUAAACUUGCGCAUCAGUGACAUCACCAAGAACACUAUUAGUCUGGCCUGGCAGAAACCCAACUAUGAUGGUGGAUCCUCGAUCACUGGCUACAUCAUUGAGAAGAGAGAAGGUGUUAGUGCCAAGUGGUCCAAAGUCAACCUCACCAAUGUCACAGACACCCGCUUCACUGUGACUGGCCUAACCCAGGACGAGACAUACGAGUUCAGAGUCAUGGCCAAGAAUUCCGUCGGAUCAGUUAGCAACCCGUCUGUGACUGUUGGACCAGCAACAUGUGUGGACACCUAUGGUGCCCCAGAGAUUGAAAUACCUCAGGAGUACUUCAGUGAGGUCAAACACAAGGCUGGCUCUAAUGUGGAGCUCAAGUUUAAUGUCACAGCCAAACCUGCUCCAACCAUUGAGUGGUUUAAGGAUGGCAGGGAGCUUGACCCCAACAACCAGCUCUCAUUCAAACACACAUUUGAGUACACCAGUUUGUUCCUGAAGGAAACCACUCGCUUUAAUUCUGGUACCUAUGAGGUCAAGGUGAAAAACUCCUUGGGAUCUGCUUGUGGUAUUGUCCGUCUGCUCAUACAAGACAAGCCCGGCCCACCUGCUGGAGAGAUUCAGUUCAAGAAGGUCACUGCUGACAACAUAACCAUCAUGUGGUCCCCACCUGCUGAUGAGGGUGGUGCCAUGGUGACUCAUUACAUAGUGGAGAAGAGAGAGACCAGCAGAGUCAUGUGGUCUAUAGUCUCUGAGAAACUGGUCGACUGCAUUGUUAAUGUCCCCAGACUAAUCCAGGGCAAUGAGUACAUCUUCAGAAUUCGUGGAGUAAACAAGUACGGCGUUGGAGACGCACUGGAGUCUGAGCCUGUAAUCGCAAGGAAUGCAUUUGUUCCUCCUAGCGAGCCAUCCAAGCCUAAAGUGAGCAUGAUCACCAAGUCCACCAUGACGGUAAUCUGGGAAAGGCCGGCGUUGGAUGGAGGCAGCGACAUUGAUGGCUACUACCUGGAGAAGAGGGAGAAGAAGAGUCUGCAAUGGUUUAAGGUGGUGAAGGGAACCAUCAGAGACACAAGGCAGAAAGUCACCAACCUGAUGGAGAACAGCGAGUACCAGUACAGAGUUUGUGCUGUCAACAAGGCAGGAGCAGGAAACUACUGUGAGCCUUCUGACCUCUACAAGGCCUACGACCCCAUCGAUCUGCCUGGCGAGCCAUCCAAGCUGCGUGUGGUUGAUUCCACAAAGACUUCCGUCACCCUCGGCUGGGAGAAGCCCAUCUAUGAUGGCGGCAGUGAAAUUACACACUACAUUUUGGACCAUUUGAACAGUGAAGAAAAAGAAUGGGUGACCAUCAACCCACAGGUUAAGACCUGUGAAUAUGUGGUGUCCCACCUCAAACCUGGAUCCUACUACUUCUUCAGAGUCUUUGCUGUCAACUGUAAGGGCAAAGGAGAGGACAUCAAAAUGUACCAACCUGUGCAAGCCAAAGAUAUCUUGGAGGAGGCUGAUUUGGACUUGGAUGUUCCCAUGACAACCCAGUACACAGCUAGGGCUGGUCGUGAUGUGGAAGUGUUUAUCCCCCUGAAGGGACGCCCUGUCCCCAACGUCACCUGGCGUCGCAGUGACCGCAACAUGGCUGGUGACAACCGCUACACCAUCACCAGCACUGAGCGAGCCACCACACUCCUCAUAACCAAGGUCACCCGCGAUGACUGCGGCAAGUACCUGCUGGAGAUUGAGAAUGGCGUAGGAGAACCCAAGAUUAUUACCGUUUCUCUAAAGGUUCUGGACAGUCCAUCCACCUGCCAGAAAAUUAUGAUCAAGAACGUGACAAGAGGAAAGUUGACCCUAAGCUGGGAAGCUCCUCUCAUUGAUGGUGGUUCCCCUGUCACAAAUUACAUUGUGGAGAAGAAGGGCUCCACCAUGAAGGCCUACCAGGUGAUCACUACUGAGUGUGCCAACACAAGUUACAAGGUCUCAGGCCUGGAGGAAGAUAUAGCUUACUUCUUCCGUGUAUCAGCUGAAAACGAGUAUGGUGUGGGUGACACCUGCGAGACCUCUGAGCCUGUCAGAGCCACGGAAACUCCAGGAGCUGUUAAAGACCUGGUGAUGGUGGACUCCACAAAGAACUCUGUUACCCUGCAGUGGACAAGACCUGAGCAUGAUGGUGGCAGCUACAUCACUGAUUAUAUAAUUGAGAAGAGAACCAAGGAAGAUCCAACCUGGACUUUGGGUGCUACAUGCAAGCGUUGCAGCUGUGAAGUCACAGGACUCAAGGAGAAUGCCGUCAUGGACUUUAGAGUGUUUGCCAAGAAUGAGAAGGGCAACAGCGACUUCUCCCAGAUUGGUCCUAUCACAGUGAUUGACUUCAUCAUUCCACCUGAGGCAAUUCUCAGUGACUACCCCAAUGGGGAGCUUACUGUUCGCAUCGGUCAGAACAUCCACAUUGAACUGCCCUUUAAGGGAAAACCAACACCUGCAAUCAGCUGGCUGAAGGAUAACUUCCCUCUGAAGGAAAGUGAGAAGAUUCGCUUCAGGACCACUGACAACAAGACUGCCGUCACAGUCAGAGGAGCCAAGAAACAGCAUGCUGGCCAAUACACCUUGGUUCUUGACAACAGAGUCAUUAAGAACUACUUUGACAUUAAUGUGAUCACUGUGGGACCCCCCUCUGUGCCUGUUGGACCUAUCCGCUUUGAUGAGAUUAAAGCUCAGAGUAUCAUCAUCGCCUGGGAUGAGCCAAAGGAGGAUGGAGGUGGCGAGAUCACCUGCUACAGCGUGGAGAAACGCGAGACCUCCCAAGCUAACUGGAAGCUAGUCUGCUCCAGCGUUGUCAGGACCACAUUCAAGAUUCCCAACCUGGUCAAGGGAACUGUGUACCAGUUCAGGGUCCGUGCAGAGAACAAGUAUGGAGUCAGCGAACCACUCAGCUCCUCAGACAUUAUUGCCCAACACCAGUACAAACCACCAGGUCCCCCAGGAAAGCCAGUGGCCUACAACAUCACCAGUGAUGGUAUGACCAUCAAGUGGGAGGCCCCAGGUUUUGAUGGAGGAUCCCCUAUCUUGGGCUAUCAUGUCGAGAAGAAGGACAGGAACAGCCUCUUGUGGCAGAAAGUGAACUCCACCACCAUCUCCAACAGAGAGUACAGAAUCAUUGGUCUCAUGGAGGGACUGGAGUACUCCUUUAGAGUCUAUGCAGAGAACAAUGCUGGACUCAGCCCUGUCGGUGAACAGAGCAAACACACGCUCGCUAUCUCUCCUGUUGAUCCACCUGGCACCCCUGCCUGCAUUGAUGUAACCAGAGACUCAGUCACCCUGAAGUGGGACAUCCCCAAGAGGGACGGCGGCAGCAAAAUUGUUGCCUAUAGUGUGGAGAGGCGCCAAGGUAGAGGCAAAUGGCUGCGGUGCAACUUCACUGAUAUCAGCGAAACCCAGUUCACUGUGACUGGUCUGUCAUCUGGAGACAGAUUCGAGUUUAGGGUGAUUGCUAGGAAUGCUGUGGGCACGGUCAGUCCACCAUCUAACUCCUCUCCAUACAUCAUGACCAAGGAUGAGAACAUUGCUCCUGAGAUCAUUUGGUCUCCAGAUCAGGUUCUCACUAUGAGGGCUGGAGAGAAUGUGAAGCUCAGUUGCAGCAUCACUGGACGUCCUGUCCCCCAGGUUACCUGGUACAAGGAUGGCAAAGAGAUCGACAAAAGGACCAUAAUGGACAUUGAUAUCACUAUCAGCAUCGGCACCAGCAGCCUGUUUAUUCGUGAUGCUGACAGGAACCACCGGGGAAUCUAUACUGUAGAGGCCAAGAACAGCUCCGGAACCAAGAAAGCCGACAUCAAUGUCAGAGUGCAAGAUACGCCCGGGCCUGUUGAGGGUCCCGUCCGUUUCACCGGCAUCGCAGCUGAUAAGUGCACUGUGUGGUGGAACCCACCAGAGAAUGAUGGCUGUGCCGCCAUCACUCACUAUGUGGUAGAGAAGAGGGAGACAUCCAGGAUCUCCUGGGCCAUGGUCACAUCCAAGUGUGAGGCCUGUUCUUACAAUGCCACCAACCUAAUCAAGGGCAAUGAGUACCAGUUCAGAGUCUCUGCUGUCAACAAGUUUGGUGUCGGCAAACCACUGGACUCAGAUCCUGUCAUCGCACAGAUGCAAUACACCGUGCCUGAUGCCCCUGGUACCCCAGACGCCACUCAUGUGACAGGAAACAGCAUCACCACGUGCUGGACCAGACCGAGAUCAGAUGGAGGCAAUGAAAUCAAACACUACAUCCUGGAGAGGAGAGAGAAGAAGAGCCUGCGCUGGUUGAAGGUUUCCUCCAAGAGGCCCAUCACAGAGCUGAGACACCGCGUCACCAACCUCACUGAGGGCAACGAGUACGAGUUCCGCGUCAUGGCUGAAAACGGCGCUGGUGUUGGACCAGCCAGCAGCACCUCCAGGCUCUUCAAGUGCAGAGAGCCUACCAGUGCUCCCAGUGCUCCCACGAUGAUCAGGGUCACUGACUCCACAAAGUCCUCUGUCAGCCUGGAAUGGACCAAGCCCGUCUUUGAUGGUGGCAUGGAAAUCAUUGGCUACAAUGUCGACAUGUGUAAGGCCAGUCUGGAGGAGUGGCACAGAGUCAACAACCAGAUUUGCUUCCACAACAGAUACACUGCAAAGGGCCUGGUACCUGGAGAGCUCUACAAGUUCAGGGUCAGUGCUGUGAAUGGAUCAGGAGAAGGUGAAGCAUCUGUGAUGGCCAGCCCUGUUCAGGCUCUGGACAGACUUACAUCUCCUGAGAUCGACAUUGAUGCCAACUUCAAGCAAACUCACAUCGUGAAGAAUGGUGGCAUGGUCACCCUCCACAUUGCAUUCCGUGGCAAACCAGCUCCACUAGCCACAUGGUCAAGGGCAGAUGGUGAGCUGCCUGUCUUGGCUGAUGUCAACACCACAGAUUCGUCCUCCACUCUGAUCAUUGAGGGGUGCACAAGGUAUGAGGCUGGCAAAUACACCCUGUCUCUGGAGAAUAACAGUGGGCGUAAGUCCAUCACACUCACUGUAAAAGUACUGGAUACACCUGGACCUCCGGGAGCCAUCACCUUUAAAGACGUUACUUGUGGAGCCUUGACAAUGAUGUGGGAUGCCCCCACCAAUGACGGUGGCGCCCGAAUCCACCACUACAUUGUGGACAAGCGUGAAGCUAGCCGCUUGGCCUGGCAGGAAGUCAGUACCAAGUGCUCUCGUCAGAUGAUCAGGGUAAAUGGCAUGGAUAUUGGCGUGCCAUAUCUAUUCAGGGUGAUUGCUGUGAACCAGUAUGGCCAGGGAGAACCUCACGAGAUGACCGAGCCUAUCACUGCCACAGAAGAACCCGCACCACCCAAGAGACUGGAUGUCGUUGACACCACCAACUCCACAGCCUCACUGGUGUGGCUGAAGCCUGAGCAUGAUGGAGGCAGCCGCAUUAGAGGCUACAUUGUUGAAUUUAGAGCUAAAGGUACCGACCACUGGGUUGUUAGUGGAGAGACCAAGUCCCAAAAGAUGCUGGUGGAAGGUCUGAUUGAGAAUACUGAGUAUGACUUCAGGGUCAAGGCCAAGAACGAUGCUGGAAUCAGUGAGCCUCAGGGCACCUUCAGCUCGGUGGUCAUUAAGGAGCCUCGAAUUGAACCUACUGCCGACCUCAGCAGCAUCACCAACCAGCUCAUCACCUGCAAGACCUCCAGCACCUUCACAAUCGACAUCCCUACCAGUGGCAGGCCUGCACCCAAGGUCACCUGGAAGCUGGAAGAGAUGAAGCUGAAGGAGACCGAUAGAGUGUCCAUUAAGACCACAACGGAGAGAACCACUCUGCUGGUGAAAGACAGCAAGAGAAGCGACAGUGGAAAAUACUUCCUGACCUUAGAUAAUGCUGCUGGUGUGAAGACAUUCGCAGUGACUGUAGUUGUCGUUGGGAGACCAAGCGCACCCACAGGCCCUGUGGACAUUUCUGGAGUUUCCUCAGAAUCCUGCACCCUGUCUUGGUCUGAGCCAACAGACGAUGGUGGCACCGACAUCACCAACUACAUUGUGGAAAAACGAGAGUCUGGCUCUGCCUCCUGGCAAGUAGUAAACUCUAGUGUGAAGAGAACCACCAUCAAAGUCACUCAUCUUACCAAGUACAUGGAGUACACCUUCAGAGUGUGCGCUGAGAACAAGUUUGGAGUCAGCAAGUCCAUUGAGUCCGCUGCUGUCGUCAUUGAGCAUCCGUUUGUUCCUCCAAGUCCUCCAACUCGUCCAGACGUGGUGUCCGUUUCUGCAAACGUCAUCAGCAUCAAAUGGGAUGUGCCAUAUGCAGAUGGUGGCAGCAAGGUGACGGGCUACUGGAUUGAAAAGAAGGAGAGGAACACCAUUCUGUGGGUGAGGGAAAACAAACUGCCCUGCCUGGAGUGCCAUUACAAGAUAUCCAGCCUGAUCGAGGGCCUGGAGUACCAGUUCAGGGUGUAUGCCAUGAACAUCGCUGGAUUCAGUAAGGCCAGUGAGGCCUCCAGACCUGUGGUGGCACUCAAUCCUGUUGAUCCUCCUGGUAAACCUGAGGUGACGGACAUCAGCCACUCCUCCGUGUCGUUGUGCUGGACCGUGCCUUUCAACGAUGGCGGCAGCAAGAUCGUUGGUUACGUGGUGGAGAGGAAAGUUUACAGCACGGACGAGUGGGACGACAACCGCUGGCUCAAGUGCAACUACACCACAAUCAGUGAGAACUACUUCACCGUGACUAACCUGUCAGAGGGAGAGACCUACGAGUACCACGUCAUCGCUAAGAACGCUGCCAGCGUCCACAGCGCACCCUCAGAGUCCACCGGACCAAUCACGUGCAAGGAUGAAUACUCUCCUCCCAAAGCCGAGCUCGACAGUAAGCUGGUAGGUGAGACGGUCGUCGUCUCUGCCGGCUCUGACCUCGUCCUGGACGGCGCUGUAGGUGGUAAACCAGAGCCGACUGUGUACUGGUCGAAGGGCGACAAGAUUUUGGACCUCGGAGAGAAAUAUUCUCUAACCUACACUGCCACCAGAGCCAUGGCCGUCAUCAAGAGCUGUGACCGAUACGACACGGGCAGAUACAUCCUGACUGUCAAGAACGCCAGUGGAAUCAAGACCGCCGCUGUCAGCGUCAAAGUUCUAGAUACUCCUGGAGCUCCGGCCGAUAAGAUCGUGAUCAGCAGAGUGACGGAGGAGAAAUGUACAGUGUCCUGGAAGAUUCCUCUGGAGGACGGUGGAGAUCUUGUCAGCCACUACAUCGUGGAGCGUCGCGAGACAAGCCGCCUCAACUGGGUCAUCAUGGAGGCUGAGUGCAAGACUCUGUCAUGUGUCAGCACCAGGCUGAUCAAGAACAACGAAUACGUCUUCAGAGUCAGAGGAGUCAACAAGUUCGGACCUGGAGUUGCUCUGGAGUCCGACCCCGUCAUCGCCAGGAACGCCUACACCAUCCCAUCCCAGCCGGGCACACCGGAAGCGACAGCUGUGGCCAAGGAGCACGUCAUCAUCGAGUGGCUGAAGCCCGAGAGCGACGGGGGCAGCGAGAUCAAAAACUACAUAGUGGAUAAACGAGAGAAGAGCAGCACCAGGUGGACUCGGGUGAACAAGACUUACACCAUUUACGACACUCGUCUGAAGAUCACAGGCCUGCUGGAGGGAAGUGAGUACCUGUUCAGAGUGACUGCCGUCAACGCUGCUGGAGACAGCCAGCCCAGCGACGCCUCACCAUACAUCCUCUGCAAAGACCCCACAUAUACACCAGCUCCUCCAUCAAUGCCUCGUAUCACCGACACAACCAAGCACAGCAUUAGCAUGACCUGGACCAGGCCCAUGUACGACGGCGGCUCAGACGUCACUGGCUAUGUGGUUGAGAUCCUAGAGGAGGGCACGGAGCAGUGGUACCGCGCCACUGCCAAGUCACUCAAGACCAAUGAGUAUUUGGCUGCGGGCCUGGCAGCCAAUAAGAAGUACAGAUUCAGAGUAGCUGCCAUCAACAACAAUGGCACCGGAGAGUUUAGUGAACCCAGUGCUGAGGUUGAGCCGCUGGAGAGAAUCGAAAUGCCUGACCUGGAACUUGCCGACGACCUGAAGAAAACCGUGUGUCUGCGCGCCGGAGGAACCCUGCGUCUGUUUGUGUCCGUCACCGGCCGGCCGCUUCCUGUGGUGGCCUGGAGGAAAACUGGAGUGGAGCUGCAGAGCCGCGGCUUCAUUGAAACCACAGAUAGCUACACCAUGCUAAUAAUGGAGAAGGUCGAUCGCUACGACUCUGGAAAAUACAUUGUGGAGGCAGAGAAUCCAUCUGGCAAGAAGACUGCCAUCAUCCUGGUUAAAGUCUAUGAUACUCCUGGUCCCCCGAGUUCUGUGAAGGUGAAGGACUACACCAAGGAGUCCGUCGUGAUCACUUGGGAUGUUCCGAGCAUUGACGGUGGCGCUCACGUCAGCAACUACAUUAUAGAGAAGCGUGAAGCCAACAUGAAGUCGUAUAAAACCGUCACCACUGAGUGCAGAAAGACCCUGUUCAGGAUCACUGGUCUGGAGGAGGGUGUGCACUACUUCUUCAGAGUCCUGCCAGAGAACAUCUAUGGUGUUGGUGAGCCCUGCGAGACGUCUGAGUCGGUGCUGGUGUGCGAGGUGCCGUCGGUGCCUCUGGAUCUCCAGAUGGUCGAUGUCACCAAGUCUUCAGUCACACUGCUCUGGGAGAAGCCAGUGCACGACGGAGGCAGCAGGCUGACGGGCUAUGUCAUCGAAGCCUGCAAAGUUGGCUCAGACAGGUGGGCCACCGUGGCGACACCCAAGGCCUCCGUGUCCCAGCACACCAUCCAAUCCCUGACGGAGAAUGACAAGUACGUGUUCAGAAUCCGAGCCACCAACAGCAGGGGAGCCAGCGAGCCCAUGGACAUUGUCACUCCAAUCACAAUCCAGGAGAUUAAGGUGAUGCCCAAGAUUGACAUGACCAGCAUCCCUCAGAAGAUUGUCCACGUGCACCGCGGCAAACCCAUCGACCUCAACAUCCCCAUAAAAGCCAGACCGUUGCCAGUCUGCUCCUGGUUCUUCACUGGUGUCCAGUUGAAGGACAGCCUGGACCGCAUCAAGAUCGACAGUAACGACAAAUACACCCACCUCGUCAUACGUGAGACCACAAUCAAUGACACGGGAAGCUACACGCUGCAGGUGAAGAACGCCAUCGGCAUGGCAACAGAGGUCAUCAAGGUCAUUGUGCUUGACAAACCUGGUAUCCCAGUUGGUCCAAUGAAGAUUGAGGAGGUUGACGGCGUGUCGGUGACGGCCAGCUGGGAACUUCCAGAGAAGGACGGUGGGGCCAAUGUCAGUGGCUACGUGGUGGAGCAGCGUGAUGCCCACCGGCCAGGCUGGUUCACUGUCUCAGAGUCAGUAACGCGACCCUGCUUCAAGUUCACCAGACUCACAGAGGGAACAGAGUAUGUGUUCCGCGUUGCCGCCAUGAAUCGCUUCGGCAUUGGUGGCUUCCUGCAGUCGGAGGUGGUGGAGUGCAAAAGCGCCAAGACCAUCCCUGGACCACCCAGCAGACCAGAGGUGCUUGACAUCACCCACGAGGGCAUGACCCUGACCUGGCAACCACCUGAGGACAAUGGUGGCUCCACCAUUGCUGGAUACAUAAUUGAACGUAAGGAGGCCCAUUCUGACAGGUGGAUGAAGAUCAGCAAGAACCCCGUCACCAUGACCAGGUACCGCUCCUCCGGCCUGAUCGAGUGCGUGGAGUACGAAUACCGUGUCACUGCCAUUAACUCCAGAGGAGUCGGGAAACCCAGCGAGAGCUCCGCCAUCACUGUUGCCAUGGAUCCCAUUGAGCCUCCAGGAACUCCAGUCCAGGCCCGGGUCACGGACAGCACCAGGACUUCGGUCUCUCUGGCUUGGUCGCCACCUGAAGAGGAGGGUGGUGCUGUGAUCACUGGCUACUUCAUCGAGAUGCAGAAGGUGGACCAGGUGGAAUGGACACUGUGCAACACUACACCAACCAAGAUGUGCGAGUACACACUCACCCACAUGCCUCAGGGUGCAGAGUACAAAUUCAGGGUCAUCGCCUGCAACGCUGGUGGUACCGGAGAGCCCGCCGAGAUUCCUGGAGUGGUUAAAGUCCAGGAAAUGCUGGAUUAUCCCAACUAUGAGCUUGAUCGUAAAUAUGAGGAGGCCUACGUGGUGCGACAGGGCGGAGUCAUCCAUCUGUCUGUACCUAUCAAGGGUAAACCCAUCCCUACAUGCAAGUGGACCAAGGACGGUCGUGACAUCUCCCAUCGCGCCAUGAUCGCCACCCACGAUGACGUCACUGAGCUGGUCAUCAAAGAGGCACACAAAGAUGACACUGGUACCUACGACCUGGUGCUGGAGAACAAAUGCGGCAGGAAGGCUGUGUACAUCAAGGUGAAGGUGAUCGGUCGCCCUGAUGUCCCAGAAGGCCCUCUGGAGUUUGACGACAUUCAGGCCAGAUCAGUGCGAGUCAGCUGGAGAACACCUUCAGAUGAUGGUGGUUCUGACAUCCUGGGAUACAUCGUGGAAAGGCGAGAGGUACCCAAGGCCGCCUGGUGUACAGUUGACUCCCGGGUGGCCGAGAAUUCUCUGGUGGUGAAGGGCCUGAAGGAGAAUGUGCAGUAUCACUUCAAGGUUUCCGCUGAGAACCAGUUUGGUGUCAGCAGAUCUCUCAAGUCUGAUGAGGCUGUCAUGCCAAAGACUCCACUUUGCCCACCAGAACCCCCCAGCAACCCACCAGAGAUCAUGGACGUGACCAAGUCUACAGUGGCUCUGUCCUGGUCCCGCCCCCGGGAUGACGGUGGCUCUCGCGUCACAGGAUACUAUGUGGAAAGGAGGGAGGUGUCCACAGAGAAGUGGGUCCGCCACAACAAGACCCACAUCACCACAACCAUGUACAAUGUCACAGGUCUCAUCCCCGAUGCAGAGUACAUGUUCAGAGUCGUGGCUCAGAACGACAUUGGGCAGAGUGAGCCUGGUCCUGUUUCAGAGUCUGUUGUCUGUAAAGAACCAUUCGACAAACCCAGCCAGCCAGGAGAGAUCGACAUCAUCUCCAUCACCAAAGACUGCAUCACCAUCCACUGGCUCAGGCCCGAGCAUGACGGAGGCAAGGAGAUUCUGGGCUACUGGAUUGAGUUCAGGCAGGCAGGGGAAAGUGCCUGGAAGAAAUGCCACAAGGAGCGCUCCAAGGAUCGCCAGUUCACCAUGGGUGGCUUAAUGGAGGCACAGGAAUACGAGUUUAGAAUCUUUGCUGAGAAUGAGGCUGGACUCAGCCGACCUCGUCGUACGCCAAUGGGCAUCAAGACCAAACUGAGCGUUGGUGAGGCUCCAGCCUUGAAGGAAGAGAUCCAAGACGUAACCACCAAGCUUGGCGAGUCAGGCACUCUGACCUGUGGCAUUAUUGGCAGACCCCUGCCUGAGAUCAAGUGGUACCGCUUCGGCAAGGAGUUGAUUCAGAGCCGCAAGUACAAGACAAGUUCAGAUGGCCGUAACCACUCCCUCAGCAUACUUACAGACGAGCAAGAAGACGAGGGCCUGUACACCUGCAGGGCCAUCAAUGAGGCCGGAGAGAUUGAAACCAGUGGCAAACUGCGCCUACAAGCAGCUCCCCAGUUCCACCCUGGCUUCCCUCUGAAGGAGAAGUACUCUGCCGGGGCUGGCACCAGCCUCCGCCUGCAUGUCAUCUACAUUGGUCGUCCAAUUCCCAAGAUCAUGUGGUUCUAUGGCAAGAAGCCUCUGAAUGCGUCAGAGAAUGUGAUCAUUGAAAAUACAGAAAGCUACACCCACCUGGUGGUAAGGAACGUCCAGAGGAAGACAAAUGCUGGCUGCUAUAAGGUGCAGCUCAGCAAUGGGUUCGGAACCAUUGACACUGUGUUACGUGUUGAAAUCCAAGAUAAACCCUGCAUCCCUGAGGGUCCGAUGGUCAUUGAUGCCCUGCUGAAGAGCUCAGUUGUCAUCAGCUGGAAGGUUCCCAAGGAUGACGGUGGCUCCAUGAUCUCAAACUACAUUGUGGAGAAGCGCGAAGCCAAAGAAGGUGAGCAGUGGCAUCUGGUGUCCUCCUCCGUCUCUGGCACUACCUGCCGGGUCCCCAACCUGAUAGAGAGCGCUGGCUACUACUUCAGAGUCUCUGCCCAGAACCAGCACGGAGUCAGCGAGCCUCUGGAAAUCCCAUCAGUGGUCAUCAUCAAGAGUCCAUUCGAAAAACCAGGCAUCCCACAGCAGCCCUUCAUUCUCAGCUCCUCCAAGGAGUCGUGUGUUGUCUGCUGGAAGCCUCCGAGCAGCGACGGUGGAGCUAAAAUCUCAAACUACUACCUGGAGAAACGUGAGAAGAAGCAGAACAAGUGGAUAUCAGUAACCUCUAAGAAGAUCGUGGAGACCAGUUACGAGGUCACAGGCUUGAUUGAGGGCUUCGAGUAUGAGUUCCAUGUCAAGUGUGAGAACGCGGGUGGUGAGAGCGACUGGAGUGAGAUCUCUGCUCCCAUCAUCCCCAAGUCUGACCAGUCUCCCCGUGCUCCCGUCUUCAGGGAGGAGAUCAGGGACAUGACUGUCAAAUACCAAGCCAAUGCCACCUUUGUUACUAAGGUGGUGGGAUAUCCAAAGCCUGUGGUGAAAUGGUAUCGCAGUGGAAAGGAGAUCCAGGCAGAUGGAACCAAGAUCAAAGCCCAGGAGUUCAAGGGAGGCUACUACCAGCUCGUCAUCACAGCUGCUGAUGAGAACGAUGCCACAGUUUAUCAAAUCAGGGCUACCAACUCCUCUGGAUCUAUCUCUACAACAGCCAACCUGGAGGUGGAAGUUCCUGCUAAGAUUCACCUGCCCAAAGAGCUCCAGGGAAUGGGAGCAGUCCAUGCUGUCCGUGGUGCUCACAUCACCAUCAAGAUCCCCAUCUCUGGCAAGCCUGAGCCAGCAAUCACUUGGCAAAAGGGUCAGGAGAUCCUCUCCAACUCUCCUCAUCACCAAGUCAUCACCACCAGGUCUUUCACCUCCCUGGUAUUCCAGAAGGGAGUACAGAGGAGAGAUAAUGGAUUCUACAUUAUCACUGCAAAGAACAGAUUCGGAAUGGACAAGCAAACCAUCGAGGUGAACGUGGCCGACAUACCUGAUGCUCCAAAGGGACUCGUGGUCAGUGACAUUGCACGCGACUCCAUCACCUUGACCUGGGAGCCCCCUGCCAGUGACGGCGGUAGUGACAUCAUUAGCUACAUUGUGGAGAAGUGUCCCACUUCUGCUGACAGGUGGAUCCGUGCUGGACAGACCGCUGACUGCAGCAUCACAAUCAUAAACAUAUUUGGAAAGACCAAAUACCAGUUCCGUGUCAUUGCAGAGAACGAGUUUGGUCUGAGCCCUCCUUCUGACCCAACCGAGCCCAUCACGACAAAGGAAGACACAUCUGUGAUUAGGAACUAUGAUGAGGAAGUGGACGAAACCAGAGAGAUCACCAAGGAAGAAGCUCUAUUCUACAAGGUGAAGGAGCUGUCCUCUAAAUACACCAUCUCUGAGGAGCUUGCUCGUUGCCAGUUUGGAGCGGUCCAUCGCUGCAUUGAGAUUGCCACGAAGAAGACCUUCAUGGCUAAGUUCAUCAAGGUUAAAGGAACUGACCGCGAGUUGGUUCUUCGGGAAAUUGAGGCCCUCAACGUAGCACGGCACCAGAAUAUCAUUUACCUGCAUGAAUACUUUGAAAGUAUGGAGGAAAUUAUCCUGAUCUUUGAAUUCAUUUCUGGAGUUGACAUCUUUGAGCGCCUCGGCACCAGCAACUUUGAGCUUACAGAGCAGGAGAUUGUUCGCUACCUGAGACAAGUCUGCUUUGCCCUCAAGUUCUUGCAUAGCCACAACUUUGGCCACUUUGAUAUUCGCCCAGACAACAUUGUCUACACCACAAGGAAAAGCACCACAUUAAAGAUUAUUGAGAUGGGCCAGGCUAGGCUGCUGGUGCCAGGAGAAAACAUCAGAAUGCCAUUCUCAGCUCCAGAGUACUGUGCUCCUGAGGUCCACCACCAUGACUUAAUCACAACAGCCACUGAUAUGUGGUCUGUCGGUGUUAUGGCCUAUGUUCUGCUCAGUGGCCUGAAUCCAUUUGCGGCAGAGUCGACUACAAAGAUGAUUGAGAACAUCUCCAACUGUGAGUACAUCUUUGACAGUGAAGCAUUUAAAGACAUCAGCCUGGAGGCUAUGGACUUUGUGGACAGACUCCUAGUCAAGGACAGGAAGCUCCGUAUGACAGCCCAUGAGGCUCUGGAGCACCCAUGGCUCAAGAUGAAGAUUGAGCAUGUCAGCAACAAGAUCAUUAGAACACUGAGACACAGAAGGUACUACCAGACCCUGGUGAAGAGGACAGACACUAUCGUAUCAGCAGCUCGUGUGGCUUAUGGUGGCGCCUUUAAGAACCAGAGAGGAUUGGCUGUUGGUAAAGUGAAGAUUGGAACCGAGUACCAUGGCCUUCGCGCUGGUCCCGUCAUUCAUGGCUCAGCUGAGGAAGGUGGCCAUGUCCGAUUCACAUGUAGCAUUGCCAACUAUGACAAGAGCACACAGGUGUCCUGGUACUUCGGGAACCGUCAGCUACACCCAAGCCCCAAGUAUGAGAUCACUUACAGUAACGGUUUUGCCAGCAUCUAUGUAAAGGACAUCGAAGAGAGUGAUGAUGGUGUGUACAGAUGCAAGGUGGUGAGUGAUGAUGGAGAAGACAGUGCUUAUGGAGAGCUCUUUGUUGAUACAGUUAGAGGCAUCAGAGAGCACUAUAUCAGCCGCUCCAUCAAGAAGCUGAGGAAGAGAGUUGACAAGACUAAACUUCUGCAGAGACCACCUGAGUUCACCUUGCCUCUCUACAACAGCACUGCCUACAUUGGCGAAGAUGUCCGCUUUGGUGUAACAAUUACUGUGCACCCAGAGCCUCAUGUAGCUUGGCUUAAGAACGGAGAGAGAAUCAAGCCAGGUGAUGAUGACAGCAAGUACACAUUCACCAGUGAUAAGGGUCUGUACCAGCUGUUGAUUCACAACCUGGACAUGAAUGAUGAUGCUGAAUACACUGUCAUGGCCCACAACAAGUUUGGAGAAGACAGCUGCAAGGCCCGUCUCACUGUAACACCUCAUCCUGUGAUGGAGGAAACUAUGAGGCCCAUGUUCAAACGUCUCCUGGCUAAUGUUGAGUGCACUGAGGGACAAAGUGUCCGUUUCGAACUCAGAGUCUCAGGAAUCCCAGUUCCCACUCUGAAAUGGAAGAAGGAUGGCCAUCCACUAGAGUUUGGUCCCAAGGUUGUCGUCAUACAGGAGGAUGUUGAUUACCAUGUCCUGCAUGUCAGAGAGACUCUGCUUGAGGACUCCGGUUUGUACAAGGUCACUGCAAGCAACUCUGCUGGCUCUGCAAGCUGCCAGGCAACUCUGAAGGUCGACCGCCUUACUUAUACCAGGAGAGAGUAUAAGAGCGAGGAGGAGAAAUACAGACACAUUCGGAAACAAAUUGAAAAGACUAACAAGAUGGCUCAACGAAUUGUUGCCACUCAGGAGCUUGUACCUUUUAACCCCACGGCCCAGGAAGCCCUCAAAUUUGCUGCAGAGAUGUACAAACCUGCAGUGAGUACCAAGAACAUUGAGGGUGAGUUUGACAUCACAGUGGAGAUGUCUGAGACCAAGAAACUGGAAGAGGAGAGGAGGAUCUUCAUGCCAUAUGAGAUACCUGAGCCUUUAGUUCACGAUCCAAGAGUCCUGGAUGAAGACAAGACAAUCAAACAGUUUGUGCCUCUCUCGGAUAUGAAGUGGUACAGAAAGCUGAAAGACCAGUAUGAGAUUCCAGAGAGGAUGGAGAAGAUUGUGCAGAAGAGACAGAGACGUAUUCGCCUGUCCAGGUGGGAACAGUUCUAUGUCAUGCCCCUCCCACGAAUCACUGAUCAGUACAGACCAAGAUGGCGUAUUCCAAAACUCAGUCUGGACGAUCUGGAGACCGUCAGGCCUGCACGCCGUUCACCCUCUCCAGAAUCUGAGGUAUCCUUCAGAUCCAGGAGGAGAUCUCUGGGAGACUUUAGUGAUGAGGAGCUGCUGAUGCCUGUAGACGACUACCUUUCCAUGAGGAGAACAGAGGAGGAGAAAAUGACACUGGAGGAUGAACUGGAGCUCGGCUUUUCUGCCUCUCCUGCUGGAAGCCCUGUCCGCAUUGAGCAGCGUGCCAUGGAACGUGAAGAGUGGAGGCAGGAGGUCGAAGUUGCUGAGACAAAGAAAAAACGUACUGUUUCUCAGUUCAUGAGGAGGAGGAGGUCAUUGUCUCCCACAUACAUUGAGCUGAUGCGUCCUGUCUCUGAGCUGAUUAGACCAACACGUGUCAGGCUUCCCGUGGAAGUAGAGGGACAGAUAGUGGAGAGGAGGUCCCCCACCCCAGAGAGGACCCGUCCCCGUUCCCCCAGCCCCAUCAGAUCGGCUGAGAGGUCAUCCCGCUCAUCCUCGAAGUUUGAGCGAUCUGCCCGCUUUGACAUCAUGUCCCGCUACGAGGCCAGAAAAGCUGCUCUCAAAUCUGAGAGGAAAUAUCAGGUAGUUAGCCAGACACCUUUCAGCCUUGACCACGCUCCACGUGUGACUGUCAGGAUGCGCUCUCAUCGCAUACCAGUUGGUCAAGACACCAAAUUCACGCUGAACAUCCAAACCAAGCCGGAAGCCGAGAUCAAAUGGCUCCAUAAUGGAACUGCAAUCUCUGAAAGCAGCGAGAAAUAUGUUUUCAGCAACAUGAGUGGUGUUCUGUCCAUCAGCAUCCUCGACUGCCAGGAAGAGGACAGUGGCACAUACCGCUGUGUCUGCUCCAACUCUAAGGGAGAGGCAUCGGACUAUGCCACCUUGGAUGUGUCAGGUGGUGGCUACACUACCUUCUCCUCUCGCCGCAAAGAUGAAGAUGUUCCCAAACUAUACGUCCCUGAAGUAACUCGAAUUGACCACUAUCACACAUCUCACUUCAAAACUGGCUAUGCCUCCCAGACCCACUUUGAGGUAGAGGAGAGCAAGUCUAAGUUAACAGAGACACAUGAGGUUGUCUCACGUGAAAGAUACGCUGCCUCCUCUGAGAGGUACUCCUCUGCUGAGAGGUACGAUUCAUCUAUCAAAUCUGCCUCCGCUGACUACCUGUCAUCUGGCUCCUCCUACUCAUCAGAGAAAUUUUCUCUAUCUGGGAAGCACACCACAUCUGAAUUCAAACUGAAGUCAUCCUCUGCUGCUGCUGCUGUUGCUGCUGCUGCUGUUGUUGCUGAGGAAGUUUCUGUCCACAAGGUGAAGCCUUCUCUUGCAGCCAGAAUCCUCACCAAGCCUCAGUCUGUGACCAUUGAAGAGGGAGAGACCGCCAGAUUCUCCUGUGAUAUCGACGGGGAGCCUGCACCCAGUGUCACAUGGAUGCACGAUAGCAGAACUCUGGUCUCAUCCCACCAUGUCCAGGUCACCACAACUCAGUACAAGUCCAGCCUGGAGAUUUCCUCUGUGACAGCCUCAGAUGAGGGCAGUUACACUGUGGUGGUAGAGAAUUCGGCAGGCAGACAGGAGGCUCACUUCACUUUAACCAUUCACAGAGCAGCUCCUAAAGAAGAAGUUAAAGCUGUCAAAUCCCCUGAACCAUCUGUAAAGUCACCAGAGCCUUCAAUCACAUCACCUGCCCCCUCCAUAACUUCUCCUGUUCCCAGUGUAAAGUCACCUGAACCCAGCAUCACGUCCCCCGAGCCUUCAGUUAAAUCACCAACUCCAAGUGUAAAAUCCCCAGAACCACGUGUAACAUCUCCCACUCCAAGUGUUAAGUCACACACACCGAGUGUGAAGUCUCCUGAACCAGAGGGAAUUAAAUCUCCUCGGAGCAUCAAGUCUCCUGUGCCUUCCUCACCCUCUCCUGCACCCAGCUUAAAAUCACCAGCUCCGAGCGUCAAAUCUCCUGAACCUGAAGGAGUCAAGUCUCCGCGGGGUAUAAAAUCCCCAGAGCCCAGACUCAAGUCACCAGCACCAAUUAAGUCUCCAGAGAGAGUGAAGUCCCCCGUCCCAGAGGAAGUAAAAACUCCUCGUGGUGUCAAAUCUCCAGAACCUGCAGGACUCAAAACACCAAGAGGAGUGAAGUCCCCAGAACCUGCUGGAAUAAAAACACUGAGAGGCAUCAAGUCCCCGGAGCCUCCAGGGAUCAAAUCCCCCAGGGCGUUGAAGUCCCCUGAGCCAGAGGGAAUCAAAUCACCUCCCAGGAUGAAGUCUCCUCCUCCAACCAUGUCCCCUAAAAGGGUUGUGUCUCCACCCACUGUCAAAUCCCCGACUCCGAAACCUUCCAAGGCCCUGAGUCAAGUUACAGCUGAAGUCUCUGAGGCCUCAUCCAUGAUGAUGAAGAAAGAAAUCCACACGAUGGAGGAGACAUCCUCCUUUUCUUCCUCCACCCAGCAGGCCAUGAUGUCAUCCAUGAUGGAGUCCAGCUCUUUCAGCAGCAUGGCAGCUGAGAUGAAGUUUGAGACCAUGUCCAUGUCCAGCAUGUCCUCAAUGGCGUCCGAGUCUUAUGCAAUGAGCUCCAGCAGCCUCACGGAGAUGGCCUCCCACAUGGAGGGAUCCUCAUUCAGAGCAAUUGGUUCUGCUCCCAGGAUCGAGGCUCUGCCGGAGGACAUCAGCAUUGAACCGGGAAAAGUCCUGACGGUAGCCUGUGCCUUCUCCGGUGACGCCAAACACAUCGAGUGGUCCCGCGACGGCAAAACCAUCGAGGUGACUGCCGGUGGACGCUUCCACAUCGAGACCACGGAGGACCUGACCACCCUCAUCAUCACCGGGGUGAAAGAGGAAGACGCUGGAACCUACACCCUCAAACUGUCCAACGAGCUCGGCUCCGACACAGCGACAGUUCACAUUAGCAUUCGAUCAGUGUAAAAAAAAACAAGAUCCAAAGAUCUAAUCUUCCCCUUUUCUCUACUUCCUUGACUUAUAUUUAUUAAUUGAGCGAAAUAAUCGACUUGAUAAAGAUCUCAAUUUCUGUUCUUGUAAAUAUGAACUAUUUUUGUACCAAACUUGACAUUAAUUUAUGCCAAACUAGACUUGAGUCUAACGUUGUUAUAAAAUGUGCCAUAUUGGAUAACUAUGACAGGAUGUUUGAUCCUUGUUUUUUCUGUGACAUGUACAUAAUGUAUAUAGCCGAAUUGAACGGUUAUGGGAAAUGUAUGCAUUGUUAUUUAUGACAAUAAUAUGAACUGAAACAGAAUGAAACUUAAUGUGGUUCAACAGGAGAAAGUUUCCCAAGGAACGAAUACCCUGUUGAACUGAGAAACUAAACUCUGUGCCUCAACGAUACGUUGACGUGUUAAGUCGGCCUCGGCAGGUAGAGAGGCUCCCUGCCGACGUUUCCUCUAAGAGACUGAACGAUGAUGUUGCUGCAGAGCGAGAGCAGCAGCACGGUGACGAGAGCGUGAGGUCCUGACUGCUGUUUGCAUUUACCCUCAUGUAAGCAGGACGACUGGACCUCGUGCUCCGACUGAUUAUGUCAUACCGCCAUUUUCAUGACAUGCUCACAGUGCGAGCGGCCUGCACUCCCUGAGCACCAAGUUUCUUUUUUUUGUUUUGUGCUCUGCUUCUGGCAGACGACCGCUUGCUCGGGCUCCGCGGUCGUUCCACCAACCUGGCCAAUCACUUGAGGCCAUAGUCCGUCCGUUGCUCGUUUGCAGAGGCAGAGCUUCCUCUUGGAGGUCUGCAGUGUGUUUUUGUCUUAGUUUUUAGAAGUUCACCUGUGAGUCAAGCUGGGCCCCGCCAAGCAAACGUAUUCAAUAUGUGUACAUGUAUACGUAUAUGUAUACAUGUACACAUGUAUGUAUACAUGCCGAAACAAACCUGCGAGUCGCCUGGCGGUUUGGUGUGAUUGAAGUUAGAGUUGUAGCGUUGACUAUUUUCGCAGCCUCCUUGAGUUUUUCUCCAGUUAUUGAUUUAAUAAAGCAUGAUUAUCAGCACUGCA